CAGACACGUUUCCCCCAAUCACCCCCGCCCCGUCAGCUGCCAUGCCUUGCGAGAGGAGGCGGCGGCUUCGGCUGGAUCCCAGGCUGGGCGAUGCCUCUCGCCCCUCUCUCUGCCCAGCCCCUGCGUGUCUGGGCGGGUCCUGGCGGGAGUAGAUGCCGCCCCCCGCCCUGCCCCGUCUCACUUCUCUCUUCCUUUCUGGCCGGUCCGGAGCCCUCGCUCGCAGCGCCCGGCAUUCCCCGCCCUACGCGCUCGUCUAGCAGGAGCAUGGCGCUCUCCCCGCUGGCCUUAGGUGAGUCCCCCGGAGUCGGGGAGCCCUGCGUGGCUUGGCCCCCACUCAGAUACGGCGAGGCUCGGGGCCGCCUCUCUGAACGCGUGCCCGGGGGUUUUGUGUAGCUGCUAGGGCUCCACCUGCACCUCUCGGGGACUUGCUGCUGCUGCGGGGAGGCGAGACUCGGUUCUUGCUGUCUUGGGGUCUCGCUUCCCUUCGCCUCCGGAGGGGCUGUGUUAAGGGAAACUCCCCGAAACUUCUCCUCUCUUCGGCUGCGCUAACUCUGCGUUGGUUUGCAAAUGCCGUUGCCCCCUUUUUCUUUUUUACCCCCCAAGUGCAUCGCCAAGGCACUUGGGAAAUAUAAAUCCCCCGGUAGCAGCAGAAGCCAAACGAUUUCUUUCAUUGGAGUCAUCCCCCACCCCAGCACUUUACGCACAUUGUCCCAGAAACAGUUGCAAAACCCCGGUGUUGUAAGCCGUGGUGUUACUCAGGGGCCCGGGGGAGGCGUCGGGUUGAGCGGGACGUCGGCGAGAUCCCCUGCUUCUGAUCCCCUCCUCAGCUCUCGACCCCGCUCUCCCAGCUUCGAGUCAGGAAGGAGAGCGGCCGCAGGUGUGUGUGGAAGAGAGAAAGCAGCUCGGGAUCGCUGAUUUUGGAGGGGAUUCAGCGGUUGGGAAGGGCCUCAGUUCCCUGCCUCGUGAGGAGUGAUAGAAUCAGGGCCGGCCCUACCACUAGGCAGACUACGGCGGCAGCUUCAAGCAGUGGAUGAUGCUAAGGUAUUGGAAGAUGGAGAUGUGGGUGCCACACCCACCUGCCUGCCCUGGGCUGCCCAAACCAGCCUGCAGACCUGAAUGCUGGUGGAUGAUGCUGCCUAAUUACCACCUGGAAGUAAGAAUCAGCUGCCAGCCCAGGGUUGCUUCCAGCUGAGCUGUUUAUUGAGCAGGCAUCCUGAUUUGUUUGCACAAAGUUUGUGUGGAGGUUCUGCAACCUUGGCUGUUUAUUGAGCAUCUGAUUUGAACUGUUUGUUUCAUCAAGUAAUUGCUAUCCUGUUGUGUUUUCCCAUUGCUUUCCUUAUCACAAAAAGUCUGGGUUUUUUUGUGGGAGGAGAAGUGGGUUUCUUGUUUAAGAAUUGAAUCCCACCCAAAACCAACAGUCUGGAAGUGCCAUUAUUAAUUUUUGUGCAUUGAGAGGGGGUUGAACUCGUCCGCCUCAGGCAGCAAAAUGUCUUGGGCCAUCUUUUGCAAAUGAGGUCACUCCAUGCAUUGGGAAUGGGGGAGCAGGGCUGGGCCUUUCACCACCCAUGUGCCUAACGUAUUCUGGGCAGCUGUGAGAAGGAAACCUCAGUGUAGGCCAACAUGUUACAGUGGUACCUUGGGUUAAGAACUUAAUUCGUUCUGGAGGUCUGUUCUUAACCUGAAACUGUUCUUAACCUGAAGCACCACUUUAGCUAAUGGGGCCUCCUGCUGCACCGCCGCUGCACGAUUUCUGUUCUCAUCCUGAAGCAAAGGAUUCUUAAGGUAAUAUUUCUGGGUUAACGGAGUCUGUAACCUGAAGCAUAUGUAACCCGAGGUACCACUGUAUUGUAAAGCUCUUCCAUGCUACGAAGAAUCUUGGGGCAAUCCUAAUCCCCCCUUGUGUGAAGAAGUACAAGCCCUGAGAUACACACAUCAUUCUUGAGGUGACUAAACACAUUAUGCAUGAGGGGGUUUUCUGACUCCCCCAACCUGGGUGUCCUCCCCUCAACCUCAAGCCACCAUCAGCUGCUUUAGCUGAUAUAAGAAAGCUCUUGAGAAACAUCUUAGGGGGCUGAGAGCCAAAGACAGAGUAGCUUGUGUAUGCCUUGGCCAGGUGUGGGGAACCUUUUGUGCCCCCAGUUGUUGCUGAACUACCACUCCUGCCACCCCUAACCAUUGGUCAUCUAGCUGGGUCUAGACUGUCCAGUGAGUUAAUCACGUAGCUGAGAUUUGAACCAAGCUACCUAGUUCAUACUUCUAACCACUAAUGUUUAAUAUUAAUAAAGUGGUUGGGAACAUAUGAAGCACAAUCAGUAGGGUAAGUUUAUGCCAAGUUAGAAAAUCUGUUGAAGCACAAUGAAAGAUUAAUUUCUAUAAAACUUUAUUGGGGCAACUGCGAAAUCUUCGCAUACAAAUGUAAUGAAAUAAUUAGUAGUUCAAUCAUUCUUUUUUUAAUGAUUUAAAUGAAUAAUACUUGGUCACAGGUAAAGUAUUAUACCAAAUGAAAUACUGUACGGCGAAUGCCUUGGAAUGCGUAAUACACAGUACUUAAAUUAGCCGUACAUAAUUUCAAAAAAAUGAGGGUAACCACUCAGAAAUGCAAAUUAUAAUGGUUCUGAAAACCAUCAAACUUUAAACAGAAAUGUAGCACAACUUGUUAUAACAGUACAGGGCAUUUUGAUCUUGACCAAGCCUUUUUUUUUUGCAGUUAACUGCCCUUUCUAUAUCUUUACUGAAAGGUAGUACUUUUAAAUAAAAAUGAAAGACUUAUAUGGAAACAAGACACUUGCAAUCAGAUCUGUUGAGACAUAAAUUAAAACAAGGAACACAAAACACAUGGCUACAUAAUAAGCAUCAGACGGCUUAAUAACGAAAAUAUUAAGGAACAAACAUGAAACACACACCCUUGGGCUCUCUCACUCUCUUUGUGGCUGCAUACACAUUACUGGCUUAAAACACAGCUUGGUCAUUCUUUUUCUCAAUUUGAACCAAAGUUGGUCUGGAGGGAAACCAUAGCAUAGAUAAGGGAUAUGGUUAACAUUGUUUGUAAGCCACUUCCCAAACCAUCUGUGGGAGUACACAGAAUGCAGAGUGAACAGGAGAGUGUACACAGCCAAAGGCUACAGCAACCCUAUGCAUACAUCGGGGAGUCAGUCCCACUAAACUCAGUGUGGCUUACUUUUAAGUAGACACACAUGCCUGCACUGUAAAAUGUGUUAUUUGUUGCAAUCCAACCAAAUGCACACAUACCUAGGAGUGAGUCUCACUCAGCUCAGUGGGACUUUCUUCCAAGUAGACAUCUAUACGAUUGCAAUGUAAAUCUCCUAUUGUAUGCCGCUUUUGAGACUUGCUGCCUUCUUUGUGUUCUUCACCCUCUGCUGUUUCCACUUCCUUAAAAAGUAAAAGCAGAAUCCCAUUAGAUCUUGGGCACUGCCCUGUCCUGUAUAAGUUAUCAGAGUCGACAAAGGCACAGAAUGGGCAACCAGAUGAAGAGGAGAGAGAAGCCAAGAGUCCUGGUUUCUCAUGCUAACCUCUAGUUUGACCCACUAGGCACCACUCGCUUCCCAUGGCUAGGUCUAUGUUCUUGGCAUCAGUCAGGACACAGUUGAGUGGGCCCAUGACACAAGCCCGGAAGAAUUUAUUUUCUACUUUAAGGAGUAUUUUGAUAUUUCUCAUGUUGAAGCUUUACUGGAAUUUCACAUUCUUUGACCCUAGUUGGUCCUGCCAGCUAUGUGACAUCUAGGGGGUGGGUGACAUCAGACUUGCUUUAGGAAUGACUGGGCUUCUUCACUCCGUAGAAAACAUGGGCAAAACAUUCCAAACCUGGGCACCUUUUGUUAUAGUCUGAAGUCUAGUCCUGUUUUCAAACUGUGGCUUGGUUUCUAUAGGAGUGACCAUCAAUCAGGAUGUCUCUCCUGGCCAGUGUAUCAAGUAGAUCUAGAUGCUGUUUCUGGACCACACUGUUUGGUAACGAACUGGGACACAUUUCCAUCUAUCUCAGAUUCUGUUCUCAACAAAUGUUGCUGUUGAGAAUUAAGACUGUCCAACACAGGAUGUAGUUUAACUUCGGGCUACUACAACAACAUCCAGGCAUGGAGCAUGCGUGUGUGUGUGUAAAACUUGUAAUGAAUGCAAUACUAUCUGAUGUCAACCUAAGAUAAGAUUAUUUUUAAGAUGCUUCGUUUUGGAAAGUGUAUAUGUUUGUUCCCCCCGCCCCCCCAAAGGAGAACUGUGUUAGGGUCUCAGCUUGGGAUGCUGUGCAUGAGCUUUGAUGAGUUGGUUUUGCACAUCUGAUUCUGGGAAGCCACAUGCCACUCUCUUGAAUAGCCCAAAGUGGCAGACAGGUGAGUCAUAGGGUUAUGUAUAUGACAGGCAAUGUUCAUAGUCAGGCAAGUAAUGUAUAGCAUCCCCUUCACCAUUUUCUUUUGCUACUAGACAUGAAAGCAAAAACUGGUUGAUUUUCAACGGAGAGUGUGGCUGCUAAUCAGGAGGGUGGCAAUGUUUGCAGAGGUUGGAGGGGAGGCAGAUUUCUUGCGCAGUAGUGGCAAAUCCAUUUUAAUUGCGCAACCUGAAUUGUCUGCUGUGCCAUUGAAUCCUACAUCAAAUUAGCAGCCGCCAGGAAGCGUCUCUUGCUCACAUACACACCAGGCUGCUGUUAAGAUACAGCUGUAGCAGAGUGUUGAAAAGCUGACAACUCUAGAUGUGAGAUCUUGGAAGUAGGAAUGGAAGGACCUGUCAAUUUUGGUUCUCUCCGUUUCUCUCUUUUUAUCUUAAAUUCAGUUCUCCACAUUUCUACAGCAAUCAGUGACUUUUUUUAAUGAAAAAAUGUUCAUGAAAAUUAUCCAGCAUCUUAAUGUGAAUUUCUCCUAACGAACACAUUUUUGUGUGGCUUUGAUUAAUUUACAUAUUUUUUGCAAGCUGUUUUCCAUGAUACAAUGCAUUGUUCCAUGUUUUUUCACCAAUAUAUUCAUUUUUAUGCAUAUUUCCCCCAAUACAUGUAUUUUUAUAAACAUUAGUUGGCUGGCGAACUACAUUACAACAUUUUGAGAACUGCAAAUUUUGGAGGAUAGUUGUAUUUUGGGUUCCCAUACUGUUUUGGUGCAGAUUAAGUAGGUCUGGCUUUAAAUGCAAACUUGAGUUGAUUUUCUCCUCUGUCCCUACCUGCGAGAACAGCCAGCCGCACGAGUUGGGAAGCAGUUUUAUGUGAGGCCCUGCUUUCUGACCGCUGCUAUACUUUGGACACAAAUGUCGCAGGCUUGAAACGCAAAGAAUUCAGAACGCCUCCCUGCCGGCUGCCAAUUUAUAACAGCAGGGAAUACCCGCUAGAGGUCUGACGUCGGGACUCAGUGCUAUUUCCAGAGCCUGGAUUGAUGUCUGCCACACCUGCUCACAUGGCAUGUCCAGGCCCAGGGGGACAGCUGAGUCUAGUCAGCAUCCACAUGGCAGAGAAUGUGAUGUGGGGGAGAAGUAUUUCGAUCUUGAAUAGGAAAAUGAGCCCUGGCCUCCCACUCAUUCAAAAAGGAAAGGUGGGGGUGGCUGUUGGGUAUUUCCAUGGCAUCAGCUGCAAAAUACUUGUUUUGUUGUGACUCGAUGUCUCACUUUCAGGAUGGGAUUUCCCUCUUGAACGGAGGCUUGAAUGAAAUCUCACGAGCCAGCUUCGCUUCAGUAGUUUCCAGAUCACUACAUUUGUAGUGCAGUGUCAGUCAUGGAGAGUGCUGCUGCUCCUCUCUGGUCCAUCUUUGUAGGCUUCCUACAGGCAUCUUGCUGGCCACUGUGAGAACAGGAUGCUGGGCUGGAUAGGCCUGAUCCUGCAGGGCUCUUCUUAUGUUUGUAAUGGGCAAGGAGGCUGGGGGGAAAGGGCGGAAUGUGAAUGUCUACUUUCAGGAUAUUGGCUUUUUGUAUUAAGUAACUCAAUGAAUCAACUCAAGAGCUGAUCUGACUACUUAUAUAAAUGGUGCCAGCUCUGUAUCUAGUGUAGAUCUGCAGCAAUUCUGUUAGGGAAUGUUUUCCACUGGGAGGAAGUGUGGGCUGGCCUGGGAAGAGGGAGAAUGACAGAUCUGUCACUAACAAACAGCAACACUCUUGGCCUGCCAUUGUAGCAGCCUAGCCGGAUUUGGCCUUCCAUAGUUUAUUCAUAUAUAACGCAAUGCAGUGUGGGCCUUAGAAUGCAGGUGGCCUCACAAUGUCUUCCAGGCUCUCUUGCAAAAGGAAGUAUCUCUUUGGGGGCUUUGUGGAUACCGCGGUUCUUGUUUUUCCUGCCCAGGAGUAAAUUAUGCUAAAAACAGGCCAUGUGGGUGGAGAAGCAUCUGGGUUUCUCCACAUACCGCUUGUUAGUUCUCUUUUCUUCACAUCACUCAGCUCAGGAAAUGAAUCAGCCUUGCCAAGUGGGUUACACAGUGAUUCCAUAGCUACUCUGACCCUCCUCUGCCUUUCCUCCUGGAGUUCGAUGGCUCAUUCUCAAAUGGUGUGUAUUUACAAUGAAUGAAACAGUGUGCCUGGGCUCAUAAGCAGAUCUAGGCAUGGAGUUUUCCUUCUAAGAUGCUCAUCGAACUUUCAGUUUUCCCACCAGGAAGCCUCUGUCCUUCUCACUGUAAACAGAAGCUUUUCUCACAUCACCAAGCCAAUUCACCUUACAGCCAUGGCUCUGUAGGAAUGAGGAUGUGUAAGUCACAGGAGUCUAUGAAUUCUGCUGCUAAAUACUCCAAGAUGCCUGUGUUUACAUGUUUACUGAGAAAUAAUCCCCCCUGUAUUUAAUGGGACUUACUCCUCAGUAAUAAAAGCCACAGUGUGAAAAACAGGCAGCAAUUCUUGCACAAGUAACUCAUCAGCUGGCUGGGGUGGUAAGUGAAGUGGGAGUAUGAAGAGUGUAUGAAGGGCUUAUGUAUGCCAGCUUUAAAAAAGGGUUUUGUUUUGUUUCCACUUAGCACAAGCAGAUCUGGCAAAUGACUAACUAGCAUGGGUUUUGUCAUGUUAAUUGGUGUUGUUAAGACGUUUUCAAAGAAUGUAAGCAGAGCCAGCCAACUCACUCCCUAACUUUCAAACUAGCACAGAUCCAAACUCUUGAUUGUCAGGGGAGUAUUACUAUGUGUAGCAGGCUCUUCUCUGGCCUUUGCCUCCCCUAUGAUUCUCCCUGUGGGUUCACAUGGCCCACCACUGCUUCCCUUUCGAUUUGCUCUCAUGACAAAUACUGAGAGGUGAAAUACCGAGAGUUUUAUUUGUAACAAAAAAGUGCAAAUGCUGCUUUCAAUCUCUCCUUUUCUAUUUAAAGUUUUGCUGAGUUCCCCCCAACCCCAAGGUCAGAAUGCCAGUAUGAAAAAUGGAAUGGUAAAUGCAUUGUGUUCUUGACCAGGGUGUAUUCUCAUGAUACAUUUAGGGUACUAUGAUAAACAGUUGUUGCUUUCCACAGUGAAAUCUGAGAGAUAUGGUUUGUUAAAAGUUCUGAGAGCUGUUAGGAGGCCCUUAUUCCCAUCCCGGGGGACGCGGGUGGCGCUGUGGGUUAAACAACAGAGCCUAGGACUUGCCAAUCAGAAGGUUGGUGGUUCGAAUCCCCGCUACGGGGUGAGUUCCUAUUGCUCGGUCCCAGCUCCUGCCCACCUAGCAGUUCGAAAGCACGUCAAAGUGCAAGUAGAUAAAUAGGUACCGUAUAAAUAGGUACCAUAGGUAGCUGCAGCAGGAAGGUAAAUGGAGUUUCCGUGCGCUGCUCUGGUUCGCCAGAAACGGCUUAGUCAUGCUGGCCACAUGACCCGGAAGCUGUACGCCGGCUUCCUCGGCCAAUAAAGCGAGAUGAGCGCCACAAACCCCAGAGUCGGCCACAACUGGACCUAAUAGUCAGGGGUCCCUUUACCCUUCACCUUUACCUAUUCCCAUCCCAGAGAUAUAAUUCCCAGAGUCCCCACGAAAAGGGACUGAUUGUUAAACUGCUCUGGGAGAGGAAUAAGAAUAUUGUUUCCUAGGUUCAUAUGAAACAGGUGGUUCGGAUUGUUUCCUGCAAAUUGCUAUCUGGGAUCCUCUCAUCUUGGUGAAUGAACAGAGGACAUAGUGAGGAUUCUUCUUUGGCUUGGCAUUACAUGUGGGUGACCCGACAAACUUGUCCAGUCCACCAUGUUCUUCCUCCACUGUUGAGGGCGGUAUGCUUCUGAAUACCAGUUGUUGGAAACCAUGGGAGGGAAGAGUGCUGUUGUACUACAUUUGUGGUGUGAUGUCAUUCACAGAGAGUGCUGCUCUGCUCAGGUCCUUCUUGUAGGCUUCCCACAGGCAUCUGGUCGGUCACUGUGAGAACAGGAUACUGAACUCAGUGGGCCACUGGCCAGGUCCAGCAAUCUAUUCUUAUGUUCAUCGAUCAGCUUUGUUCUCACCACAUUCUACCCACCAGCAAAGAAGAAUGAAGGUAAUCCCAGCUCACACUGAAUCUCCCAAAGAAAUACGCCCCUCAAAUAACUUUCCUGGAAAUAACUUUUCAGGACAAUGAUAGAGAGGGUAGACUAGGGAUAGCAAUGAGUCAAGCAUUUGACUCAGUGUACCCUUCAAAUAAAUAAUCAAUUUAAAAGAAAAUCUAAAAGACAUUUUCACAGACUGAGUUGGCUGACUCCAGAACUUUUUUUGUUGGUUCUUGGGCAAGAGACCAGCAGUGAGUCUUCACCAGGCUGAAACCUUUGCAUCCUGUAGCUGCAUUGGUAGAUGAAGAUUCAUCUGCUUGCUCUUCAACCAUUAAAGGCACCAGAGCCCGGCCAAAAGGGGGGGGGAUGUGGCAGCUCCAAGCCAAGUUGGAUCUGAAAAGGGGUAAGCUAGUCAGUUUCAAGCUGCUGUGGAGCUGAAUGGAGUCAUCUCAAGAAGAGCUUAUUUUUGCUCAGCUUGGCAAACCUGCUUUCCUUCUAGCAGCCUGUUGGCUCUAAUUUCCCUACAACCCCCAUAUCUUUGAGUGGCUGCAUUGUGGUUCAUCAAACAGAAUCAAAUGCCCCAGUUGUGCUGCUGCAUGCUAUGGAAAUGUGUGGCCCGGUGGUUUCCGCUACGGGUUUCUGACAUCUGCAGCUGCUUUUCUCGGUACAUUAUGUAGUGCUGGGUUAGCACUGGGAAAUCCCAGUCUUAUAUGUGCAUAUCAUACAUAAGCUGUAUGCUAGCGAUAUUGUGAGCUGACCCUGUUAACAAUCUCUGUGUGUUUAGCCAGCCAAAUAAAUGCAAUCCAGGACAUGCACCAGCACUAACUACAGGUUAGCAUGCCAAGUGGGAACAAAUAGGACCUAUUAAACAGUUGCCACUAUGCUUUCAUAACUUCGAUUUGCCUUGGAUGACAUUUCCCAGGUCACCUGAAAUUUAAAUUGACAACAGGGAAAUGAUGAGGCUGAGCGGUUAGGGUACAAGGUUAUUUGGCUAACGGGAGAAAAUGUCUCUACGAUAAAGGCUAUAGCUGUAGACACUGGGCCAGGGACAGAGAGGGAGGGAAUCUCUACCCUGCAAGUUUUGAGCUUAGCUACAUGUUGUACACAAACAUGUAUAAUGAUGCCUCUGUUGCCCAUAUGCUGCUUUAGGAGUGGGGUACCUGGGCAGGGAGAAGUUGGAGGGGCAUGAAGUAAUCCCUGUAACCUCCCCCUAUGUGUUUCUCCCCAUGAAUCUUCUCCACUCCAGCCCCUGAAUUCCAAAAGUGUGUUCGCUUUACACCAGUAACCUUCAUGAUCUGUCAUCUGUUGAUGGUGCUAAGAACUCACCUGUCUCCCCACCCUACUCCAGCAUCCAUAAUUCUCCAGAGAGCAGGAACAGAAUCAUAGUUGCAAAGGGGCUCCGAGGGUCCUAUAGCCCAAUGACCUCCAAUGCAGGAAGAUUAAGCUACUUUUAAGUCUGCUAUAUAAAGAAGCACAGUUGAGCGCAGCUUGGGAGGUUUGAAACCAGUAGGAUUCUUUCUUGGUUUGUAUCGAGUACUUGGACUUCAUCAGUUUAUAGACCGCAACCUAGAGACGGAUGUGCCCUUCAGCAACGUUUGAAUUCUUUCCCAGUAAACUGGGACAUUUGGUUAUCACAAGCAGCAUCAUUCAUGCUCGGAGUUAGCUUUGCAUUUCAAGCAUGCAUCAGUGCCAGAGUCAUUAUUCUUUCUCAUCCUUAGAACUAUGUGCCAGUUCUUCACAGCCCACUGAACUUGGCCAACUCUGGCCGCUGAGUAGCCUGGAUUUCCCCCUCAUCUUCUGGCUUAGAAAUCUCCUCUUGUCUGUUACCUUUUUUGUUCUGUUUUGUUGCUUUACAUGCCCCACCUAUGGACUUUCCCUCCUGACUUGCUCACUGUACAGUGGUGCCUCGGGUUACAUACGCUUCAGGUUACAUACGUUUCAGGUUACAGACUCCGCUAACCCAUAAAUAGUGCUUCAGGUUAAGAACUUUGCUUCAGGAUAAGAACAGAAAUCGUGCGGCGGCAGCGGGAGGCCCCAUUAGCUAAAGUGGUGCUUCAGGUUAAGAACAGUUUCAGGUUAAGAAUGGACCUCCAGAACGAAUUAAGUACUUAACCCGAGGUACCACUGUAUUUGCCCUGACAAUAGGAAGGAGAGCUUGGUUGCCUAGCAAUGAAAACUAUACGGAUUCUUCUUCUACAGCCUUGCGGAAAAAAAUACUCUGAUCACAUCCGCACAUUCCCUCAAAGAAUCCUGGGAACUGUUGUUUGUUGGGGGUGCUGGGAAUUGUAGGCUCUGUGAGGGGUCUCCUGGCAACUUUUAGCACCCUUAACUCGCUUACUGAAUUGUACUAGUGUUUCGAAUGCGACCUCUUCUCAAAGUAAAACUGGAAGUUGCAUUGCAGCAGCAGCCGUUCUGUUAUCAUCUGGUACCAGAACCUCAGUUGAUGCAGGUCUACACACUAAUCCCAGGGUCUUAUUGGCAGGGCCUUCCUCUCAGACAUGGGCGGAAGAAUGUGUGCGGAAGCUCCUUGCCGAGUUCCCAGGGCCCUCCACGUCAUGUCACAACUUCUGCUGCAGCUGUGAUAUUUUCUUUUUCUUUGUUGACAUUACUUGCAUCAUGCAGUUUUGAGAACUUCCGAGAAGAUCACUUACUACCCAGAACCCUUGUGACUCUCUUUGUGACAAAGUAAGUGUUUACACACAAAACACUGAGUCUUUUCUGCAGUUUAGGGUCCCCUCCCCUACAUGUGAUUAUAGAUAACUGGUACUACAGAGCAUCAUCGUGCACAUAUUGAGUACAUUUAAAGCACAUUGCCCCCCCCCAAAAAAAAAGAUUGUGGGAACUGCAGUUUGUUAGGGGUGCUGGGAAUGGGAGCUCUUUGAGGGGUGAGCUACAUUUCCCAGGAUUCUUCUGAGGGAUGCUCUUUUAACGUAUGGCAUGCACAUAGCCCAGGUCAAUGGACAUUUUGAAAAAUGCAUCACUAAUUCAGGCCAGGCAAAGUCUUUUGACAUUUCCAAUGUCUCUUUCAUACGUCUGCUUCCUUGGACCAUUCCAGCUGCCUGCCAAAUUUGUCCUGCGUCUGGUGUUAACCAGCUCUUUAGCACCUGCUACUUUUAAUUUCCCACAGGUCUGUUUAGGACUACUCUUACUGAGCCUGUUCCCACUUCAUUGGUUAGAUAGCGGUGCAGGAAGCUGGCCAGUCGUGACUUCCCGCUUUUGCAGAACUUAGCAAAGCGGAUAUAAGACCAGUGUACGACCUUUGAUGCUCCCAGCCCUAGUAGAGAGAGCUUUGUGCUUAUGGAGUGCACAAGACUUGCUGGUCAGCUAGCUGCUUUGUGGCCUCGAGGGGUGUUGCUUUCCUUGUGAUGUGCUUCUCUUCCCCCUUUCCUUAAAUUUAUUAUGGCAGUUCAAACCUAUCUAUAUACCUGUUGCUGAAAUGUGGAGGAAGCAAAAGACCUCCUUAAGAGCUUCAGGGUGUUACAAUUGGGCCCCAAGGCACUGGACUGGGCUGCGUGAGGCUUGUCAGUAUAUUUUCACUCCCCCUCCUGCCAGUUUGCAGUGGGAUAGAGGGAGGGGGAGUUGUUGAGGAAAGCACAGCGAGUCUCCCUGAAAGUUCAGAAAUGAAACCCAGCUGAACAAAACUAGCCUUGGGGAACUUCCAAGGAGGGACAGAGACAUGCAAGUCAUUUUUAACCUCUUGUGGGGACAGACUUGGUCUUCGUUGAUGGGGGAAAGGGCAUGGUGUUGCUAUUUCCAGAGCAGAUCUGCUUCCAGGCACUCUGUGGCGCUGGGGGUUCAAGUUGCCUUCCCCUCUGACUACUCUGGUGGAAUCUCCAAAGAAGGCCGGCCUAGUCCAUUUUCCCAGCUGUCCCCUUGAUCAAGUCCCACUGACCUCUUCCUCUUCCACACCCUAAAAUCUUGACAUAUUUACAAUUGCAAUAAAUUUGUAGGUAGUGCUCCUCAGCGCUCUCUGUGUGUGGCAUUGCCUCCCUGUUUCCCUAAGGUGGCUAGCCGCAUUUCCCUUUCUGCAGAACUAGGAGGCGGAACUUUCUCUUUCCUGUCACCUCUGGGUUGCUUCAGAAUUUCCCCAGAAGAGCUGGAAGGGGAAGCCUUACUUCUUCAGGAGGUUGGGUAUCUGGGUGGGGCUGUGUGUGUUUGUGUGCAUCUCACACUUUCACAUGAGGCCUAAAAGUGGGGGGGGGGGGGGAGCACGAGUGACUCAGGCUUUCUCUGCCACCAUUUCUGUAGGAAGUGAAGUUUACCUUUCAAACUUACUGCCUCAAUAAAGCUUACGGACUUUUGAAAUGCACAUUCCUUUUCUUAGGCCCUAAGAGAGAUUUUUGUUGUUGUUCCUUGGAGACCAUUCCUGGGGUUGAGUGCUGGUCUAGGCACAAAGGAGGCAGACGGCACCUCAGUGGAGGGAAUCAUUUCCCCCUCAGCAAGGCCUUCAGAUCCUAAAGAGAUAGCUGGAAUGGGGGGGGGGGGCAGUUGUGUUGUGCUACCAAGGAAGCCAAAAUGCCUGUAUGCUUUCCUGGGCCCUUGAUUCCUCAUCUUUAUUUUUAUUUUUGUGCACUGCUCAAUUUUACCUAUGGAAUAUAGUAUGGAUGGGGGAGCUGUGCCUCUCCAGAUGUUACUGAACUACAGCUCUCUUCAUUCCUGUCUGUUGGUUGCGCUGGCUGGGGCUGAUGGGUGUUGGAGUGCAACAUGUCCUGUCCCACCCACCCCCCAUGUAUCAUUUUACUUUCUUCUCCUGUUUUUAGCGUUAAAAAACUCUGUUUUGAAUGUUGUUGUUGCAUUCUUACAUGAAAUAAUACUGAUUCUGACAGGUUGCAUUUCAUACAUCGUAUGAAACUUUUGUCCUAGAGUUCAGUUUGAUUCAGGUAGCCCAGCAUAUUAUCUUACCUUUGGCAUUCUUAAUUUGUUAACCAUCUUCAAGAACAAUGAUUGUGUUGCUUUGUUUAGGAAGUAAUACAUGCUAGAUAUUUGCAUGAGCAGGGUAGAAAGGCAGGAGUGGUUUUCCAUACUCCCAGGGUUGUUUGUGAGGAGCAUAGAAAUUUGAUCUUGGAGAGGUGAGUUACUAACAAAGGUUACGAUAAUGGAAAAUACAGCUGUGAGAGGUGAUCUAUGUCCAUAGGUGGCUGGUUCUACAACAGGGGCCAACACCAAACAGGGAGGAGUCCCAACGAGUUUUCUUACCUUGGCAAAGGCUUACCGUAUUUUUCGCUCUAUAGGACGCACUUUUUCCCCUCCAAAAAUUAAGGAGGCUUCGCGUUGCUUUCGCUGAAGCCUGGAGAGCGAGAGGGACCGGUGUGCACCAACCCCUCUUGCUCUCCAGGCUUCAGAGAUAGCCGUCUGAAGCCUUUGGAGCGCAGCGCGAGUUCCCACUGCGUUCCGCAGGCUUCAGGUUCCUUUUGCUGAAGCCGGGAGAGCAAGACUCUGUAUGCGCAUAUGUGUAAUGAGCUUGUUUGCUGCCAUCUCUUCCUCAUUCCUGUGGAAUAUCUCUUAUUCUCUUGAAUAAAUGUAUUACAUUUUUACCUUACAUUGAUGUGCACUAGUGCAGUGUAAUGAAAGAGAUGCUGUCUUGUUGGUAUGUUGACUCCGUCACGGCCUUAAUGAAUGCUAAGUACUUCAAAUAGGUCCCCAUGGUCCAAGAUCUACUUGCUGCUUGACUGGGAAGACUGAGGUGGAGGCAAGGGGUUGUGACCCAGAAGAGGUCUGCAAAGCACAAUUCUCUUACCCGUGUCUCAGGGAACAGAGUGUCUGGGCAGCAUUUAGGUCCUGAGGAUGUGCCACGCUUGCCAAAUAUAAGGUUGAGAAGGAAAUAGGUUAGCGCAGGGGUGGAGGAAGGGGUGUGUGGUAGGUGUGGGCCGCCCCAGGUGUCACCACUGAGGGGGGGGAUGAGAAAAUGCUGGGCGGAACUCACUGUGCCAAACAGUCCACCCGGUGCCUCCCCCCAGCUGUAGGGCGGCUGAGUGGGAGAAGUCAGGCAGACUCCGGAGGCCCAGUGGUGCACCCCGCCCCAGGUGCCCGAGCGGCUUCCUCCGCCGCUAGGUUAGUGUGCUGGCUUUGUUGAUUUCUUGCCUCUGGUUUAUUUUCUUUCUGCAGGAAGCACUCCACUCCAAGGAAUAGAGCAACCAUUUUGAUGAAAGCAUUGUUUGCUGCUUUUUGGCUUUUCGUUCCGUGUGCAAGUUUGUUUACAGCUGUUGAAAGAAUGUGAGUGCAUGACCCAUCAGCAUCUCAUUAUUACUGUUAAGCCUGUUCCAGGCUCUGUCUGUCCUACGGACAGCAGUUUCCUAGGGCCAAUGCACUCAACUGUGAUGGAGAGGCAAAUUCAAAACCUCCCACUCCAGUCAUGCCAGCCAUUGUCACCUGUCAGCAUGGUCUGAUAAAAUGCUAUUUCUUAUGUGUCGAUGGGGAUGCCCAACAUGGAGGGCUUUAGAGGGACCAAAGCACCUUAUUACAUGUGGCACUUGGUCACAAUAAAUGUGUUUCAUGAGGUUGUUUCCACCAUCACUCAGCAUAUUGCAAAAAGCUGCAAUAUGGACCAAACAUUUGUGCAUAAAGGGGAACAGACACAUCUUUCCAUCUAGAUCUUUCCCCCUUCUUUCUUGAUUAUAUAAGAGCUGAGGGGUGCUCCUAACUUUUCCUUAACAAGGCAAGAAGUAGCUAGGAGGGGGUGGUUUUGAUAGGAAAACCAGCCUGCAGGGAAAGUGGUGAGUAUAGUCGUACCUUGGAAGUCAAACUGAAUCCGUUCUGGAAGUCCAUUCAACUUCCAAAAUAUUUGGAAACCAAAUCGCAGCUUCAGAAGCCCCGUCAGAUGUUCGGGUUCCAAAAGAAUGUUCGCAAACUGGAACAGUCACUUCCGGGUUUGUGGCGUUGGGGAGCCAAAACAUCCAAAUUCCAGGGCAUUUGGGAUCCGAGGUACGACUGUAUCCUAAUGCACGUGCACUUAUGAUCAAGGUUGCAGCUUCUUCCAACUGCUUGAUUGUUGUAAACAGACAAACAUAAAUAAAAAUCAUUCCUUUGGGGACAGGUAUGUUGCUGAGCAUCAAUAAUGCUUUGACCUUAAUGAAAUUGAUCCUGCUCUGUAUAGUAGAUCUUGCAGUAUGAAGAUUGUGGAACCUGUGUGUGAUUAUUAAUCAUAUCUAGAAACUGAGAGGAUUUCCAUCAAUUGACCUUGAAGACAGCCAAGGACAAUCCUUCUGGGCAGGCAAGGAACAUGAAUCUUGUGAUACCUAUUUGUUAGCUCAGGUCUGACUCAAAGCGCUGGCCCUCUCCCCUCCCAUUAUUGAGCAUAGUAAGCCUGAUCUUUGGCAGGAUAAGCACAAUUGCCAGUGUUAGCCAGCAAACCUCUGAGGUCAGUCCCGAUGGUAGAGUUGAAGAGGAAUAUUUGACACAGAAAAGGGUCCCUCUCUACCUUCAUUUUUUCUGUUGCUUAUGGAAAAAUAACUGUAAAAUGAAAAAAUGAAGCUAAACCUCUCCGCAUAGAGACAUUUACAAAAGAAUUCUUUCUACAACACAUAAUGGGAGGUGUUUUUAAUUUUAUUUCUUCUCUCCAGCAAGUAAUAAGAGGGAGAAAGAUAUGGCUGUUUUGCAGUCUGCAUACAACUGUGUGAUAGCAAUCAAGGCAAGUGAACUGGAGAUUUCUGUUCAGUCAAAAGAUAUACCCUGACCAAUAAUUUUUGACAUGUUAUCUGAAACCUAGGAGAGAUAAGUUAGUAAAGGAAACAAGAGGGGCAAGAGAUUAGAGGAGGAAACAAGAGGGGCAAAAGUUAGAACAGGAACAGAGGAAGAUAUGAACUAGAAGAAAGAGCAAGAUAAAAAGAAGAUAAGGCUAUUCUAUUGGUCUCAUUUCAAAAUACGUUACAGAAACUUGAUGAUAGAAUGAAGGAAUGUGCAAGUAAUGUGAUGGAUAAGACAUUUGAGACAUAAUGUGGGCAUGAUGGAGUGAAAGAUAAGCAUGUGCUUAAUCUCUUCAGUUGAAGUUGCUUCGACUUACAACAUAUUGUAAUUACUGUACAAGAAGUAGAAAAAUAAUGAAUAUAAAUCAGAAUUGAUAAAAAUGAGAGCAGAGGAGAUCUAUAAUGAAGGCUGAAAAAAAUAAGAUCAGAAUCAGAUGAGUGCCUGAAAGAUUUGACUGACUCUCCAGUAACAUUUAUUUCAUUUUUAAUUUGGAAGACCCAAAUGUGAGAUGCAUAAAAUACAUGCUUGGAAUAAAUUCUGCUACUCCGAAGGAAGUGCCACUGAGUUCAGUGGGACUUACUAAGCAAAUGUAGGCUUGCCGCCUAAAUAUACUGUAUUUUUCUGUCUAUAAGAUACCCCCAUGUAUAAGACACCCCCUAUUUUGGGGGACUCUGAUUUAAGAAAAUGGGGGAAGAUCUAUCUGUGUAUAAGAUGCCCCCAAAUUUUGGACAUUAUUUUUUAGGGGGGAAAACCUGGUCUUAUACAUGGAAAAAUAUGUACUUAGCGACAAUAUAGUAAAAUUAUAAAGUACUAAAGCUAGCUUUCCUCUAGUACUUCAGACAAGAAGUAAUAUCAGUUAAUCUACCAGAUGAUUCCUGGUUUUAAUCCCACCAUUUUAAUUCUGUCUGAAGAAUUUAACUUCCUAGUAAAUUAGUUGAAAGAAAUGAACGCACGCUAUCAUUGGGGAAUAGGAACACAGGAAACUGCCUUGUCCCAUGUGAAACCAUUAGUCCACCUACCACAGGCUGCCCAGAGCUUCAAAAAAGUGCCCAUUUAGAAUCAAUUUUCAGCAGUCUUCUUCAGCUGCUGAAUACAAUUGUUAGAGGAAGGAAGAAAAGAAGCAAAUGUGAACCUGGGAUGGAGAUCCUGUGGAUAUCCAAAUGCUGAUGGACUACAAUUCCCAUCACCCCCAGCCAUUGACCAGGCCUGAUGAGAGUUGGAGUCCAACAACAUCUAGAACACUACAGCUUCCUCACCCUGUUGUAAAAGAAGAUGAUGAUGGUCUCUUAGCUGUAAGUAGAAGCUUGAUUUUCUGUUUCAGCCAUGCAUCGGAAAGAGUUCAGAGAAAAGAUGGCAGGCAUCAAACACUCUGGGUGGUAUUCAGCCAAGUAUUGUUCAGAGUAGACCUAUUGGAAUGAAUGGACCUAGCCAUGUGCAUUAAUUUCAGUGGAUCUGCUCUGGGGGAAAAACCCGUAGUUGACUUCCACCUUCUGUUAAUAAUAAUAAUAAGCUGUGUAUUGGGUUGCAGAAGAUGGGGAGGGUCUGUGCUUGCCAGUACUGUAUGCUGUUGAGUCUUUCCAGGACCAAGCAUCAGAUGCCUGUCUUUCAUCAUCAACUAAGCUUCUAAUAUUGCUGAAGGAUUUUGCCACUCUCUUUUGCAGCCCCAGGCUUGGCUAAGCAAGCUUCUGUAAUUGUAUAUGCUUAAGUUAUUUAUUGACACAUUUUCGGGACUUGUGUUUGAACCGGGGCUGAGUGCCAGAACUUGUGAAGUAACAGUAGAGAAGAAAGUAGCUAGGAGCCCUUGCAGGCAGCAUUUCACAUACCACUGUAACCACAGCCUGCUCUGGUCUACCCUGUAUGCUGACUUCUAGGUGACGAAGUGUAACUUACAGGCGGGUUGAAGACUAGAAACCACUUCUUGGAAAUUAACCACUUGCUUGUGUUGGUUAUUACCCUGCACAAACAAUUGGCCCUCAAUUUGCACAUUGGUUCUAAGCAGAAGAAAAAAAUGUUGUUGGAUACGCAUGAAACGAGAAUCUGUUGUGCUUGCAGAUGCCGUGUGGAUUGAAUUGCAAUACAAUGAAUAAAAAUACAACACAUGCGAGGCAAUAAAACAACAUCUUAGCACAAUGUUUGUAAAUGUUAGGAAGUUUUAAAAAGGCAAAUCAAGAAAUGCAGCAGACAUCUACCAAAAUAAAAUAAAAUCACAACCAUCUGUUUCUCUUUAUUAAUAUAAAUGAAUAUGCCUCAUGCCCUUAAAAUUCCAUGCUUCUUUAACUGUCUGUAGGGGAGAAACUGCCUCCUUGCCAUAGAGGAAAGGACUAAUUGGGUUUGUUUGUUUGUUUGUUUGUUUACAUGGGGGGCAUGUUGCACUCCAACACCCAUCAGCUCCAGCCAGCACAGCCAAUGGACAGGAAUGAAGGGAGCUGUAGUUCAGUAACAUCUGGAGAGGCAGUAUAGAAUGUUUUAAAUAUAAAUUUAUGACUCGACAGUCGGUGAAAUGGUCGCAACACGAUUUAAUUAAAUCAAAAAUACUGGGGCCUCUUGCCACUGAACUCCUUUCCUUGAAUCUAUUGUCGAUUCAGCCUUUUAUUCUGGAGGGCCUUUGACUGGAGGGCUGUUCUGUCACAGCUGCCAAGAUGGGAGUCGCUGUAAUCUGUUAGCAGUUGUGUAAGCCAUCACUUGAAUCUGGCUCUCCUCACGGAGCUGCCCUCCUUUGAGAAACCACUGCUUCCAAGAGAGCUGUGCAGUAAGGGGAAAGAAGGGCUGGAAUAACCAUGACUGGAAAUUAUCUUACUAUUCAUUCAGAGUCAGCCACAGAACCAGAUCCAAGAAUUGCAUCCUGAUGUAAUAAUAUGAAGAGCUGAAUUCCUAAAGAGGUCACCUGGUGAAAUACAAAUGUGUGCUUUCCCUUAUGUUAUCCCCCUAUCUCUGAGUGAUGGACAGUCCUGGCUGAUAUUACAGAUCCUUCCUUCCUUCCUUCCUUCCUUCCUUCCUUCCUUCCUUCCUUCCUUCCAUAAAUGUCCUGGAUUUAGACAGGGUUUUAACUGCUGUACAGGCCUUCAGAGGCACCCUGCCUCCAACUGUGAAGGUAGAACAUAGCCAUAGCCAUUGUGGCUAGUAGCCACUGAUCGCCUUGCCCUCCAUUAAAUACCCAUGGAGUUGUUUGUGAAAUCCACAAAGAUUUUACAUCCUGGUGGGACCGAAUGAGUUCUGAGAAGGCUGGGACUUGCAGGUGAGUAGAGCCAGUGUGGUGUAAGAGGGUUAGACUAGGACUGGGGAGAUACAGGUUCCAAUUCUCUCUUAGCCAUGGACUUGCCUCACCUAUCUCCUAAAGUAGUUAUGUGGAUAAAGAAAGGUGGGAAAGAGAACCAUGUGUGUUGCCUUGAGCUCUCCAGAGCAAUAGCAAGGUAUAUAUUAAUGGUAAGUCUGACACUGGGGCUCUCUGUCUUUCAGGGCUCUUCAUAAUCCUGAUUCAGUCUAGAGGUGCUGCCCUGGAAGAAGGAGCAGAAGGUGAGUUCUCUCUGGAUUAAAAAGCCUUCAGAGACGCAAUAGAGGGCCAGUUUAAAACCACCGCUUGACCAUGUUGUUUGUUUGUGGAGGAGUGCAGUGUGUGCUGAGGACACCAAAAGCAAGAGCUGCCGUAUGGCUGGGUGCAGCAAGCAAUCCACAAAGCGGUGAUAGCCAAGACAAGGAGAACAUCCUACGGGUCAGCUCAUGGGGUUAUGCAUAGCACUGUGGCUGCAUUUUGAAGAAAUGUCUUUCCAUCCAUCCAUCCAUCCUGUGGGUCGGUGGUUUCCAUGUCCCAGAGAUAAGCAAGUUAUUCGUUCUGGAUGGAGUCACUUCCCCUUGAAGGAGCAAGUGCACAUCUUGGGGGCACCCCUAGAUACAUCUCUUGUCACCAGAGGCCCAUGUGUUCUCUGUGGCUAGGAGUACUUUUUACCAGCACCACCUGGUUUAUCAAGCCACGGCUGUUCCUGGACAGGGAUAGCCUGGCCAUUGCAGUGCAUGCACUGAUAACCUCGAGGCUGGAUUACUGCUGUGCACUCUGUGUGGGGCAGCCCUUGGGCCUGGUUUGAAAAUUAUUGCUGAUGCAGAAUGAGAUGGCCAGACUGGGGGCACAUGACCGACACCUGCCCUGGCCUGGCUGCACAUUUACUACGGAGCCAGGAUCAAGGUUCUUGUAUUUGCAAAGCCCUGAACAACUUAGGUCCAGGGUACUUUACGGACUGUCUAAACCCUAUAGCCCAGCUUGAUCAUGGAGAUAUUCUGUGGGAGCAUUGUUGACAAGGCUCAUCUGACAGCAACAAGAAACUGAACCUUUAAAGUCAUCUGCCCAGUCAUGUGGAAUGUUCUGCAAGCACCUUCUGGUUUUUAAAAUUAUUAUUAUUGAAUUAUUAACCAAAAGAAGUGCAAUCAUAACAAAGAAUAAAAAAUGUAAACCAUAAAGCAUCACAACCUGGAAGGCCAAAACUACAAAGGUACAACGCACCUCCAAAGGGAAAUAAAAAGGCACCUUCUGUUUUAAUCUUUAAUUGUCUGCUGGAAAAAAGUAUGCUGUCAAGUUUUUUCAGGCAAUUAAAAAAUAUCCAUGAUAGUUGAUCUCCAAUUUUAAAUGUUUUUUAUUGUAUAUUUCUAAGUUGGUUGUAAACCAGCUUGAUAGUUUUAAAAAUAUAAAUAGCAGUAUACAAAUAUUUUAUGAAUACAUAAAUGUAAGGCAGCUUUCCAUGUUCCUAUAUCCUUUAUAUUAUAGAUAAACUUCCUUACAAGUGAAAUAGCAAAUGCUUAGGUAGUAGUCUAAUAGCACAAAUUUGCUUAAUGCAGUGUUGGCCAAUGAUUUGUCACCUAGGACCACUCUAGAAACCUUUGCAAUUGUGCAAACAUGAAGGCUAGAAAUUUGUCUUUUAAAAACAUGUUCGUAUUUUACUAACUUUUACUUAGAGUAGACCCAUUGAAAUUAAUUGACCUAAGUUAGUCAUGGCUAUUUAUUUCAGUGGGUUUGCUCUGAAUAAUGGUUGGUUGAAUGUAACUCAUAAAUGUAUUAGGGGCUCUCAUGCCUAAAUGACUUUAGAUCCGUCUCAACUCAGAAUGAGAAUUCCCUGGCCUUCCAAGCAGGUUUUUUUGCCUCAGGUUUUCCUGAAGCUACAGGCUCAUCCUCCAUAUAUGUUGGGGAUUACUGUAUUUUUCUGUCUAUAGGACGCCGCCAUGUAUAAGGACGCCCCACCAUUUUUGGGAACUCAAUUUUAAGAAAAUGAGGGGAGAUGGCCCAAAGUUGUUCAGCUUCUCCCCCCCCCCCCCCCCGUAGCUGCGGGCAGGAAACACUCCCUAGAUCGUUUCCCGCUCACUGCAGCAUCAGAGGAAGCCAUGUUCCUGCCACCAGUGUGCCACUUCUCCCCCCCAUGCCACUAUCCGUGUAUUGGACGACCCCAGUUUUUUGACAUGAUUGUUGAGGCAAAAAACCUCAUCUAAUACACGGAAAAAUACGGUAUUGUUUCCUGGAAAAAAAGAGACUUAAGAAUAACUAAAUUGCAAACUCUGGCACACAUGAAAGCUUGGAUUCUCAAAAAAAAAUGAAAGAAAUAAGAGUUCUGGAGUUGCGGCUCCUGCCAUAAUAUAUUCUGACUGCAGAAUAUUUAAUUCCCCACUCUGCAUGGAUGGACUAGUUGUUUUGGAAGUAUGUAGUGGGGAAAGGGGAGGUCCGAUUUGGGGGAGGUGGGCUUAAGUGUUGUUUCUCUGGAAGGAAGUGAGAAGAAUGGGAACUGACUGUAUGGCAUAGGCAGAGACUCACCAGUUGCUGUUCUCCUCUGUGUCCUAACAGACUACCCACAGAAGGGAAAGGUUGGUGACACCUAUAAACUUCAUAGCUCCGAUGAAGAUGAGGACGGUAAGUGUUGUGGUAAUUAGACUUGCUUCCCAGAUCACAGUAGUGAUUUUAAAGUAAAAUACAUUUUAAAAAAAACUCCAACCCCAACAACUUUGCUUUUUCUUUUCUGGCAGUUGCCCACAAUGAAGAAACAAAAGCAAUUAUAGCAACCAGUUGGCCACCUUAAAUGAUCUGGUCUUAAAUAUUUAUAGAAUGUAUAUGUCAUAUAUUUAAUCUUGCCACGCUCAGAACACCUUCUUGGAGCAGCAUCCAAAGCCAACAAGCUCCCCCUACAGGGGUCUGCAGCUUUUGGCUUGAAUAGCAGAGCUAGCCCCAAAUUAUAGGACCCUGUUUUAACAGGAAAUGUUGAAUAUGAAGUCCCAGGCACACAUACCAGAAACCUCCUGCCUCAGUGUUAAGAGAAACAUUGCCAACCCUUCGUCCUACUAAGGGCGCUCACUUCCAAGCUCUCAGUAUGACUUGAUUAUUUGUGUGAGGAUGUGGGAGGCUACAAAGGAGACACCUCUGCAAUGGAUGCUUUAGUUUAGUUUCCUGCAUUGCAGGGAGUUGGAUUAGCUGACCCUCCGGUUCCCUUCCAACUCUACAAUUCUAGGAUAAAAUAUUGUGUUCAGCACUCUUGGGUUGGAGCAAUCCCGUGACCCAGCUAUGACACAGAAUCAGAUUCCUCAAACCCGGGUCAGAAAACCUUUGACCCUCCAGAUGCUGUUGGAUCCCAACUCCCAUCAUCCCGAGUCAGCGUGGCCAACAGUCAGGAAUGUAAUACAACAACAUCGGGGGGGGAGGGGCAACACAGGAUCCAUACCCUUCAAAGGAGUUCCCAGGCUUCAGCCAUUUGAUGCAUGCAGGAGACGGUUAACAGCCAGAUUGCAAAGUGUAUCCUUGUUUGUUGCAUUCGUAGAUGUGGAUCUGUGCCUUGAGAAGAAAUUAGAAUGUGGAUACCAUGCCAACUGCAAGAACAACUCCUGUAUAUGUGUAGAUGGAUUUGAGAAGGUCCCCGAGAAGGGAAAUGCCUGCGAGGGUAAGGGCUUUCUUGCUUGAGAUGCAGCAUGUUCGCUCCAGGCACGGCAAGGACUUGACAUAUAGAGCUGAGAGCUACAGCAAGGGCACAAGUCUGGCUGUACAUGGGGCUGUGCACAAGUUUUACAACCAGCACCAAACCUAAGUGUACCAUCUGGGAAUAAAAGAAGGAGGGCUUCUUUCAAGCAAACGCAACACUCCUCUCCUGGGAGUGGGGAGCCUGCACCCCAUAGCCUAAAUGGGGAGCCGGUAACUGCUGAAAUUUGCUUGUUGGGGGAGAUGUCAUAAUUUAGUCUUCUUAAUUUACUUCUGGCAGCUGAGUCUGUAACACAAGAGUGGGGAACGGCACAAAAAGCAGCAAUUGCUGCUGCAAAGUGAGGCAAGGAAGACGGCCACAUUGUUUUGCAGCAUCCGCAUCACAACAUCCUCUAGCUGUGCCUCCAGUUCAUUACCUUCUCGCUUGUCGCUUCUGUGGCUGAAACUAACCUAAAAACUUGACUUGUUACUCUCUCACCCUCUAAGCUGGAGGUUCCUCGAGUUGUUCCAGAUGGCAAUUGCCGUUGAAAUCUGGUGUACUCAGCAGACAUCUAUUAACGCUAGCCAUUUUUUUUACUUGAAUGGGAAGCCCUCUUGUCCCUGCUAACAGCCUGGCAUGCCAGCUACGAUGCUCUUGCAACCCAGCACUUGAGAAUUGCUGCUCUAAGUGAAUGCUAACAGCAUGCUUCUUUGAAUGGCUUAAUCAAGGCGGAUUUUCUAGAAUGGCUUGCCUUUCUGCAGCCAUAAGCAGUUUCCUGCUUAUCAUGAUGUGAUGGCUCAGGUUGGGGGCCAGUUUGCUGUGUUUCACCUAGAAGCAGAUUUCUCAUUGCAGACAUUGAUGAGUGCCAGAAAAACACUUCCAUCUGUGGACCUUAUGGAAGUUGCAUCAACACCAAAGGGGAUUACGUUUGUAAAUGCAAGCCGGGAUUUGUGAAGAGCAUACAAGAUGACAAAAAGCUAUGUAGAGGUACAGCUCAGAGAGAAUGCAACAUUUCUUUCUUACCCGGCCAAAGGAAUGCAUGGGCAAUGGCACUUCUUCAUUUACCACAGAGUUGCAAUUAGCUAGUGAUGUUAAAUAUGUUGGGGCCAGAGGAUGAUCUGAGCACAUCUGAUGCUAACAGACCUCAGCAUGACCAGUACUUGGAAUAGAGAUUGCUUGGAGGGCUUUCUAAGCCAUUCUGAGCUCCCUGGAUGAAGUUUGGUGUACAAUUCACUGAUAAAACAUGUGAAGUUGAGCUUCUGUAAUGGGCAUGUUUGGAUAUGGAGGAUCAAUGAGGCCAUAUUUCAUAUGACUGUUUGUAACAUACCUGUGCACAAACCUACCAUAUGUAAGAUUUCUGUGUUCUUAUAUCGGUUAUGUGAUGCCAGAACAAUCAUCUGCCUUCACUGUCAUAUGCACUGUUACACAUUUUACAGGGAUUAAAACUUUUGUGCAUGUAAACUGUGGAUUUCUGCAUGGCAUAAUUCACAUGCAGUUGCCUCUUGUCAAGUCAACACAAUUUGUAGAGUCUUCCUGGGGCCAUAUUUCCCAGAUGGAUUGCCAUGUCCUCCCUUUCUGUGAGCCUUUUUGAAGGAAACCUGGCAAUAGAUGGCUUUAAUCUAGGACAUUUUUUUUAUCCUUCCUAUCUUCUCCAGUAUCCUCAUUCCCGUCCGUUCAAGAGGUGCUGUAGGGAUGAGAAACUUGCUUCUCUUGCCAACUGGGCCAAAACUCAAAGGAGAAGCUGCCAUCAGGGUUGACUCCAGUGUACUCAAGAGACUUCCAUUGUGUAUGUGGAAGUUUGUGCACACAGGGACUUUCCAAUCCUAUCAACAGGAGAGGAUUUGGCAUAUUCAAAUGGGAAGUCCUUGUGUGAAGCAUCUUCCAGGCUCAAAUAAUAAUGCGGACCCUUCCUUUGUCAGUAUCAUUCUCACCCACGUGACACUGGAAGACCGUCCCACAAUAGUUUUGCAGUUCAGCAUCAAGAGGCCCUUCUGAUGGAGAACUAGCGCCCAAAGGAACGGUUCAAGGCAUAUACUUUAGCCUGGGUGCAAUUCAUGUGGCUGCACUACACUGCAGAUUUGUUGGCACCCAAGUUGAAAACCUAUCUUUUCCAGAAAGCCUUUGUAGAUGCCUAUUUAACUGCACCAAGUCUUAACUCCAUUUGUCAAUGUUAUUUUAUUGUUUAUUUGUUCUGGAUCUGCUGUUGCUGUAUUUUUAUUUUAAGUCUGUGAUUGUGCCCUGGUCUGACAGCAUGCUCUGAUGAAGGUCAGGUGAGAAAUAUAAAUGAAUACACCAUUUUACAGAAUCAUCGUAAAAAUGUUAUAUGGGGUGAUAGUCAACUAAGUUUAACUCAGAGUAGACCUAUUGAAAUUGAUGGGCCUGACUUAGUUGUGUUCAUUAAUUUCAAUGGAUCUGCUCUGAAUAAAACUUGAUUGAAUUUCAGCCACGGAAUAAUGCGGAAUGCAUUGCAGCAGAACUGAAUUCACACAGUUGCGAUUCUAUCUAGUUGCCUUGUCCCCAAAGACACCCCCGGUUGGCUCAACAGAUUGCUGAAUGCUAGGAGACAACUUGGUUGUUUCUUACUUCCUCCUCCCAUUUCCCUUUUCAUAUUUCUUAUUCUCAUGUUGUUGUUGUUUCUCCCCCACUCCUUUUCAGAUAUUGAUGAAUGUAAACAAAAUAUUUGUCAUGAAAGUGCCAAAUGUGAAAACGUCGAGGGGAGCUUUCUGUGUACGUGCCCAUCAGGGUACUUCCAGUAUAUGGAUGUUGGACCUUUGGGUAAAAACAUCACAAAAUGCAAAGGUAAAUUCUGGUGGAAGAGGCUAGGAAAUGGGGGAGAGGGCAGGGGGCUGUGUUCUAAGGGGAGGGGGGAGGCUGACAUUGUCAAAGGCCACGAUGUGUAAUAACAUAGACCUAGAGUCUAGAUAAUGCAGGGUGGAGAGAUGCAUACAUUUGCCUUCUGUUCUUACUUUAAUGUAGCACUAUUCCCAGUUUAAAUCCGCAUGGGAAGAAUUGCAGAAAAGGUCCAUUGAUUACUUCAAUACACUGAAAACACUUACCUUGCCUUCCUUGCCUCAGUCACUGGCUCCCUGCAUGCAAAGACAAUUUGAUUCCAGAUGUGUUAACAGUGAUCAUUUUCUGCUCAGACAACAUCUAACUAGGCUACCCAGGUGCAUUAUUUCCUUACAACUUCCAUCAACGGCUCAUCUCCACAGGGGUGUCUAGUUUCCACUCCCCUGGAACUCUGCUUUGACAGAUUCCCCUUCCAGCCUGAGUGAUUGACUGACAACAAUUAACCACCCUCGGCUCUCCACUUCUUCAGGCUCCUUCAGACCAGGUAGUGAUGAGGAGCUUUGUUUCAGCAGCACUCCCGGGGCUUGUGGCUCCAGAACGGCCAAUCCUUGCUGUGUAGGGCCUGUAUGGCCAGGACAGCCAGGUGUAUCCCAGGGGAAAGAGGCCUUUUGCCAGCACUCUUCCCACAUCCCCAGGUGUGUGCAGCAGCACUAAGCCGGGAACUCAGCAAACCACAACGGGAGGCCACACGCCGCCCUUGAAGAGGGGAGCCUGGUGGGAAGGAUGCAGAGUGGGAGGGGUAGAAUGGGGAGCCAAUCUGGACGGGGAGGAGCAGAAGGGGAGGGUAGGCCUCUGCAAGUGGUUAGGCCAGACAUCUGAUAAGGGCUGUCUGUCCUGUUCUCUGGCAGCCCAGUGUGUGAGGAGGAGGCCAGAAAGAAGAAGAGAAGGAAGGGGGUAGCAGAAACAGAGAGAAAGGGGUAUGCCGGCAUGUGGGCCCCAGCUAAAAGAAGGAUCCCCAUCUUUCCCUUCGUGUGCUGUCGCAGUUCCCAGCCCGUCCUUAAAAAGUUGGGGCUAACUCCUCCACCGCUGUGGCCAGCAUUUGAAAGCAUGGAAACAAGGUUCCAUGGCUGUGAGUUCUUGUAGUCUGAAUUCGUCCACAUGUGCUGGAACCUGUAGGUCAUUUCUAAACAACGGACAGCAUUCGCCAGUGGAUUUAUUUUAUCCUUUUCUUGCUCAAGGGUGGAGGAUUCAGGAGAGACCAAGGGAAGUACUUCUUCACACGGCAUCGUGGCUUUUGCUUCCGCAAGAGGCAGUCGUGGGUGGCUUUAAAAGAGCAUCAAUAAUCAUCAUCAUCAUCAUAUUUUAUUUAUACCCCGCCCUUCCCGGUUCAAAAACUGGACUCAGGGCUGCUAACAACAAAUUUAAAACACUUAAUUGUAAAAGCAGCAUAAAAUACAGUAUAAAAACAUGAAUAACAAUAAAAUUCAAAGUUCAGAAAUCAAUUUAGGGGAAAUCCAUCUAAUAAGCAUUAGAUAAUCACCAGGGCUAGCUGGCUGAAUUAGUCCUGCUUGGGCCAGCGAGGAGGCCAGGGGAGAAUAAAAGGGGAGGGGAAGGGAAGAGAAGGGAAAUAAAAGAUCAGGCUGAAUUCAAAUUAAAGGCCAGGUGGAAUAGCUCUGCCUUACAGGCCCGACGGAAGGAGGUUAAAUCCUGAAGGGCCCUAGUCUCAUGGGCCAGAGCAUUCCACCAGGUCGGAGCCAUCACUGAAAAGGCCCUGGCCCUGGUGGAGGAUAGUCUGACUUCUUUAGGGCCUGGGACCUCUAAACCAAGGUUAUUCAUGGACCUUAAGGUCCUCUGCAGGGCAUUAGACAAAUUCAUGGAGGGGAGAGGGCUAUGGGAGGCUCCUAGCUAUGGCGGCUACGUUCUCCCUCCACAGUUGGAGGCAGUAUGCCUCUGAAUGCCAGUGGCUGGGAAUCGCAGCCAGGCAGAGCACUGCUUUGCUCAGCUGCUGCUUUGGGGCUUCCCAUAGGCAUUGUGUGAGAACAGGGUAUUGGACUAGAUGGGCCAUCCAGGAGGCUCUCCGUAGGUUCUUAAUGUUCUCCCAAUAUGUUAUUUUACUCUUUUCUAAGAAACAAAACCAAGCUGGCUGGGGAAAGACCCAGAGCUGGGGAGGGGAGGGGAGUAGAGGUGGGUGGGAAGGAGAAUCUUUCACUUUGGAAAACAGAAUGUUGCUUUCAAUCACAGUGAAUUAUUUUCCCAAUGUGCUCUAGUCACAGUGACUUGGGGGAUAGCACCUCCUCCAUGUCCCCAUUUUUGCCCACAAAAAGGAGGGGAGAAAAUUUACCCACCCCCCAAAAGUAAAGUCUGCCAUUGCAGAAGAACCACCACAUAUAUAUAUUUCCGAGAUUUGACAGGCUUCAUCCCCACAGAAGGAGCAGCUAAGCCUGCGAUUUGCAUCCAAUUCUGGCAGAAAAUAACAAAGUUAGGGACUUUUAUUCUUUAAUAAAAAAGCAACCUUUAAAUGUUCCCUAAACAAAAAACCUUUGGAUGGAUCUACCUGAAAUUUGGCAGGCUUAACCCACUGUUUAGGGGUUCAUUUUCCUGCAAAUUUCAUCCAUUUAUGUGAAAAGGGAAAGAAAUUAUAGUUAUUUUUCUAUUCCCCAUUAUAGUCAACGGGGACAAAGCAGAGCUUUGGAUUUAACAGAUAAGUUUUGGACCUAAAAAUUGAAUUAAAUUGGAAUGACACAGAGCAGAUUUGAAGUAGACCAAUCUGCUUCCAAGCACUACAGAAAGAAGCUGAAUCUUGUGGUCGCUGCAUGACCCUAAUACAUAUCCGUUGUUUGGUUCAGACAUAUUUAGCUACUGCCACUCAAACAGGAGCUGCUGUAGCCAUUAUGGGUUACUCAGUAGAAGGAACAAUGUAUUGUGCCCCUGGCUCUCAAAAACAGCAAGCAGAAUGUGAAAGGCUUUUUGGAAAGGGGUGGAGAGCAAUACCUUCUGAUAAUUUGUCCUUCUUUCCCCAGAAUUCAGCUGCCUGGAGCCUUCAAGUGAUAACUGUUCAGAUGAACAGGUGAGUCCCUAACAUUGGACCUUGGAAAUCAAGACCAAAUUAAUUACAUGCAUAGGCUUUCUACUGACUUGGGUAAUUGGCUGCUGUGUCGAGAACUGCAUAUAUCUGGUUAUUUGAAAAAAGAACCAAAUCCAUCAAAAUUCUCUAAGGAAAGCUGCAUUACAUUGCAUGUAUAAAUGAUACAAAUUGUGAAGAUUUGGAUAUAGUGUUUAAUUGGCAUACUUUACAUUAGCUAUGGGAAGAGGCAAAAAGUUGUUCAUGGCACCCUGUAACCAUUGGAAACUUGGUUGCUGUCAUACACUGAUGGUGGAAAUUCCCUUGAGGUACUUCCCACAUACACUUAAUCAUGUUUGCACUGCCAUCUUAAGGACUAGAAACUUUACCAAAAAAAAAAAAAACUUAGCUGAGAUUCUCAGGAAGCUACAUUUCUAUAGAAAGUCCUGUUUGUCCAUUGAGACAGGGCAGAGGGGGCUAUUCGUGAUUUUUAAAAUAAGAGCUUGUGGAAUUUAAACCCCAAGAAUUUCCUACAAAGAUAAUUAGGUAAAGGUAAAGGGACCCCUGACCAUUAGGUCCAGUCGUGACCGACUCUGGGGUUGCGGCGCUCAUCUUGCUUUAUUGGCCGAGGGAGCCAGCAUACAGCGUACAGCUCGUAGAAUCAUAGAAUCAUAGAGUUGGAAGAGACCACAAGGGCCAUCGAGUCCAACCCCCUGCCAAGCAGGAAAACCAUCAGAGCACUCCUGACAUAUGGUUGUCAAGCCUCUGCUUAAAGACCUCCAAAGAAGGAGACUCCACCACACUCCUUGGCAGCAAAUUCCACUGUCGAACAGCUCUUACUGUCAGGAAGUUCUUCCUAAUGUUUAGGUGGAAUCUUCUUUCUUGUAGUUUGGAUCCAUUGCUCCGUGUCCGCUUCUCUGGAGCAGCAGAAAACAACCUUUCUCCCUCCUCUAUGUGACAUCCUUUUAUAUAUUUGAACAUGGCUAUCAUAUCACCCCUUAACCUCCUCUUCUCCAGGCUGAACAUGCCCAGCUCCCUUAGCCGUUCCUCAUAAGGCAUCGUUUCCAGGCCUUUGACCAUUUUGGUUGCCCUCCUCUGGACACGUUCCAGUUUGUCAGUGUCCUUCUUGAACUGUGGUGCCCAGAACUGGACACAGUACUCCAGGUGAGGUCUGACCAGAGCAGAAUACAGUGGCACUAUUACUUCCCUUGAUCUAGAUGCUAUACUCCUAUUGAUGCAGCCCAGAAUUGCAUUGGCUUUUUUAGCUGCCGCGUCACACUGUUGGCUCAUGUCAAGUUUGUGGUCAACCAAGACUCCGAGAUCCUUUUCACAUGUACUGCUCUCAAGCCAGGUGUCACCCAUCUGGUAUUUGUGCCUCUCAUUUUUUUUGCCCAAGUGCAAUACUUUACAUUUCUCCCUGUUAAAAUUCAUCUUGUUUGUUUUGGCCCAGUUCUCUAAUCUGUCAAGGUCGUUUUGAAGUGUGAUCCUGUCCUCUGGGGUGUUAGCCACCCCUCCCAGUUUGGUGUCAUCUGCAAAUUUGAUCAGGAUGCCCUUGAGUCCAACAUCCAAGUCGUUGAUAAAGAUGUUGAAUAAGACCGGGCCCAAGACAGAACCCUGUGGCACCCCACUAGUCACUCUUCUCCAGGAUGAAGAGGAACCAUUGAUGAGCACCCUUUGGGUUCGGUCAGUCAGCCAGUUACAAAUCCACUGAGUGGUAGCAUAGUCAAGACCGCAUUUUACCAGCUUCUUUACAAGAAUAUCAUGGGGCACCUUGUCAAAUGCCUUGCUGAAAUCAAGGUAGGCUACAUCCACUGCGUUCCCUUCAUCUACCAGGCUUGUAAUUCUGUCAAAAACGAGAUCAGGUUAGUCUGACAUGACUUAUUUUUCAGAAAUCCAUGCUGACUAUUGGUGAUCACAGCAUUCCUUUCUAGGUGCUCACAGACUGUUUGCUUAAUGAUCUGCUCCAGAAUCUUCCCUGGUAUUGAUGUCAGACUGACUGGGCGGUAAUUAUUUGGGUCCUCUCUUUCCCCCUUUUUGAAAAUAGGGACAACAUUUGCCCUCCUCCAGUCUGCCAGGACUUCGCCUGUUCUCCAGGAAUUCUCAAAGAUGACUGCCAGUGGUUCUGGCAGCUGCUGGGUGACCUUGGGCCAGUCACACUUCUCUGAAGUCUCUCAGCCCCACUCACCUCACAGAGUGUUUGUUGUGGGGGAGGAAGGGAAAGGAGAAUGUUAGCCGCUUUGAGACUCCUUAAAGGGAGUGAAAGGCGGGAUAUCAAAUCCAAACUCUUCUUCUUCUUCUUCUUCUUCUUCUUCUUCUUCUUCUUCUUCUUCUUCUUCUUCUGAGAUCACAUCUGCCAGUUCUUUUAAUACUCUUGGAUGCAGUUCAUCUGGCCCUGGAGACUUGAAUACAUCUAAACUAGCCAAGUAUUCUUGUACUAUCUCCUUAGUUAAUCUGGGCUGUGUUUCCUCUGCUGAAUCAUUUGCUCCAAAUUCUUCAGGUUGGGCAUUGUUUUCUUUAUCGGAGAAGACUGAGGCAAAGAAGGCAUUGAGGAGUUCAGCGCUUUCUGUGUCCCCUGUUUGCAUUUCACCAUCUUCUCCUCUGAGUGACCCCACUGUUUCUUUGUUCUUCCUUUUGCUACGAACAUACCCAUAAAAGCCUUUUUUGUUGCUUUUAACCUCUCUAGCAAGCCUGAGUUCAUUCUGUGCUUUAGCUUUUCUGACUUUGUGUCUACACGUGCUGGCUAUUUGUUUGAAUUCCUCUUUGGUGGUUUCCCCCCUUUUCCAUUUUUUGUACACAUCCUUUUUAAUCUUAACUCAGUUAAAAGUUCUUUAGAUAGCCACCCUGGCUUCUUUAGGCACCUUCCAUGUUUCCGUCUCAUUGGUAUUGCCUGACGUUGUGCUUUUAGUAUCUCCCUCUUAACAAACUCCCAGCCAUCAUGAACUCCCUUUCCUUUUAGUAUUACUGUCCAUGGGAUCUCACCCAGCACUUUCCUAAGUUUUUUGAAGUUGGCUUUCUUAAAGUCAAGAAAUUGAGUCCUAGUAUGCUUGGCUGCUCCUUUCCGCUGUAUAGUAAACUUCAGAAGAGCAUCAUCACUCGCGCCUAAUGAUCCUUCCACUUCUACCCCACUAACCAGGUCAUCAACAUUGGUUAGGACCAGAUCUAAAAUGGCUGUUCCUCUUGUUGUUUCUCCCACUUUUUGGACAAUGAGGUUGUCUGCAAGGCCAGUGAGGAAUCUGUUUGACCUUAUGCUCUUGGCUGAGUUUGACAUCCAACAAAUAUCCGGAUAAUUGAAGUCCCCCAUUACUACUAUCUCCCUUCCUUUUGCAUGCUUGGCCAUCUGUUCCAGGAAGGCAUCAUCUAUGUCCUCCGUUUGGCUUGGGGAUCUAUAGUAAACUCCCACAAUGAGGUCACUGUUAUUCUUCUCUCCCUUAAUUUUGACCCAAAUGCUCUCACUUUGGCUUUGAGGUUCUAAAUCUUGGAUCUCUUCACAGGUAUACACAUCCCUGACAUUUAACGCCACUCCUCCUCCUUUCUUGUCUGGUCUGCUUCUCUGAAAUAGAUUGUAUCCCUCCAUUAUUACAUUCCAAUCGUGGGACUUAUCCCACCAGGUUUCAGUGAUGCCUAUUAUGUCAUAUUUAGUUUGCUGUACCAAGAGCUCAAGCUCAUCUUGUUUAUUUCCCAUGCUUUGCGCAUUAGUGUACAGACAUUGAAGUCCAUUAAUCAUUCCCCGUGUCUCUUAUUUAAGGAUUUUUUCCUCCCACCACUAGGUCUGCGUGCUGUUUGCUCCAUUUGGUCUAUGACAUUUGGAUGAUCAUCUUCAUCAAUUGAUAGACUCCUACCUUCAGGAGCACUGUCUCCCUCCCACACAUUAGUCAGUUUAAAGCCCUCCUGAUGAGGUUUCUGAGAUUUUUGGCAAAAACAUUCCUCCCAACCAUUGUGAGGUGCAGCCCAUCGCUUGCCAGAAGUCCAUCUUCAAGAAACUGCAGUCCGUGAUCUAAGAAUCCAAACCGUUCCUGUUCACACCAUUUGCGAAGCCAGCUGUUCACUUCCACUGUUUUUCCCUCUCGUCAUGUGGUACAGCUGGUCAUGUGGCCAGCAUGACUAAGCCGCUUCUGGUGAACCAGAGCAGCGCACAGAAACGCAUUUAUCUUCCCACCGGAGCAGUACCUAUUUAUCUACUUGCACUUUGACAUGCUUUUGAACUGCUAGGUUGGCAGGAGCAGGGACUGAGCAACGGGAGCUCACCCCAUCAUGGGGAUUCGAACCGCCAACCUUCUGAUCGGCAAGUCCUAGGCUCUGUGGUUUAACCCACAGCGCCAACCUUCAUGCUAAUGCCCAUGAAACUACCAAUCCAUCCAAAGGCUUUACGUUUCAGCUGAGGGGUAACAAUUAAUCCAUGAGUUAUGUAGCCACAGAGUUAAAACAUCUGUGAUUUGCUUCCCUGAAAGCAUCCUCAUAAAGCCCCAGCUUAGUGAAAGUGGGAAUGUUUAAACUACUUUAGAGGGAAAUUUGAGCAUUGCUGUUAAAUGUCAACAAAAUACUGGCUGUCACUUUGUGCCCACUUGUCCUAAAUAGGUGUUGUGCGCAUGUAGCUGUGUGCUGGAUUAUAGCCAUUUGUCUUGAAUCUCGCUCUCUGCAUUUCCUAGGGCCUCUUUCCUCUUGCAUUUGUGACGCAGCUGCUCAGUCCACAGCAUUAGCCCUUUGCAGCUUCCCUCUCAUUGCAAAGAGCUGUUGUGGGGGCCGUCUGUUCAGUCUGGGACUGAGGCCGGGGCAAAGGACUUAAAGUACGUCUCAUGCCAUGACCCUGAUCUGGAUCAGAGUCUCCUGGCGCCAGCUGUUUGUUAUUUUAAAAAUCAAGUGUACCAGCACUAAAGAGAUGUGAAUGCUGCUUCCUAGCUUCGCCCGUAGGCUUAAACAGGCACAGCAAUUUAAAGUUUUGUGGGGAUUGUUUUCCAGGCACUCCUCUGUGACUUCAAAGCAAAAAGGAAGCAUCUCUGCGAUUCAUUGCUGGAAACGCAAGGGGCAACAGACGCAAAGAAGCAGCUGCAGGUAUGUUUCAAGCUGGUUUCUCCUUUGCCUUCUCUAAUACUUUACUCCAAAGGUCAAAGCUGCAGGGCUUAGCAGAAUGUGCUGCUCUAAAAAUAAGUGGAAACAGAGGCCAACAUGUAGUGCUUUCUAGCCAACCAUCACUUCCUGUCAGAAAAAUGGUGCUUCAUACAUUUUCCAUGAGGAGAGGAUAUGUUUUCCCACUGAAGCAGUAAUUGCAACAAAUGGGGAGUCUCUGCAGGGUGUACCCAUAUAGUACAAGUCUGCACAGUGCAGGAACACAUGCAAAUGUUGCACAUGAAGCUGCCUUUAAGACCAUUUUAGUAAGUGACUCUCAAAUACACACACGCACACACACAUACAUAUGUGUAUCUAUAUAUAUAUAUGCGCAUUUCCUGCCCCUGUAGAGCAAGUGAAUGAGGGAAAGCAUAUUUUUUUUAAUGACCUGGUUCUACUUUCCAUUUCACACUAACAAUAUUUGCAAGUGAAACAUCCCAGACCAAAAGGUUGUCUAAACAAAAUGGUUGUGGUCUAGUUCUGGGUGCAGGACCUGUGAGCCCUGCAGACAUUGCUUUUGACAUCAGCUGCUACAUCACAGACCACUGGCCAUGUUGACUGGGACUGACGGGCAUUGGGGUCCAACAACAUCUGGAGGGCCAGAGACACUGGUGUUGGGAAUGUUUAGCAAUGGGUCAGAUAGAAUAAUAAUACCAAAAUACAGCACUAUCAGUGAUUAAAGAUUCUUCUUAAAUCUUAAGCGCAAAAUUUCAUUCAGUUUUCCCCCAUGCACAUGUGCAGCUGUGCUUUUCUUCUCACACACGCUGGUUGUGACCUUCUCUUCACCGGCUGUUCUACCUAAUAUCCUCUCCUCUCCAGCAGCAGUUUUUCCAUUUAUUUUACUUUAUUUAUUGUUGAACUAUACACAGCCUUUUAGGACUCAUGAGCCUUUUAGGACAUGAGUGGUGUACAGAAUUUUGGGGCACCUCCAAUGUUAGUCCUACUCAGAGCAUACCAGUUGAAAUGAUUGGAUAUGACUGACUGAGGUCCAUUCAUUUCAAAGGAUCUUCUCUUGAGUAUAAUUUAGCUGGAAACAACCCUUCAUAAAUCAUCGUCAUCAUCCAGUUAAAGCCAUAUUGUUCUGACUUAAUCCUAAAUAAUAGCAGCUAAACACCACCAGCAGCAGCCAUUAAAGAAGUAUACUGAAACAAAAACAUUUUAAGUUUACAUUCCCUACCACCGCACUGUGUACAUGUUUAUGGAGCCCUCCAUCCUCCCUGUACUCAUGCAAAUGUUUGCACAAUAUUGGCAAGACCAGUUCAGUUUACAGGGCUGAAUUAGAUCAAUCCCAUCUGCGCCAAUUUUUGUUUAUUUACGAGCAUUAAAAAAAAAAUGGAGAGGAGGUUGGACAAGCUUCAACUAGUAGUCGGUAGACAAAACUUCUAUUCGCACAUCAAAAUUUGGUGCAUUUCCAUUGGUAGCUAAGAGGUUAACAAUAAGCCACCAUUGGAACAAUUAACUACCAGAAAGCUAUUGCUGUUCACAACAUGAGCCAAAAUAAACAUUACUACUUUAGUCAAUUGUAUUUCUUCUGAAAUGCAAAAUAUCAAGUGAGAUAACACUCAGACCAUAUGCUGGAGGUGUAAAUGACUAUCAGACUUUGAAAAGCUGGUAUUAGUGGAUCAAGUUCAUUAAUUUUGAAUUUAAUUAAUUUUGAAUUAAUUAAACAAAAUAAUUCAAAUUUAAUUUUGAAUAAAUGUGCAAAUAAUUGUUCCUGUAUUGAACUGCCAUAAUGGUGGCAGCUUUUUCCCUUGAGAGCUGAUGACAUCCUAUCUUCCUUCUCAAGAGUCUGCUGGCACUGCUGGAUGACCUCGUGGCUCUGAUGCCAAGUGGGAACAAGGAGCAAGGGCACCGUUUCGUCACUGAGAUGAUGGAAACUGUGGAGGUCCUGCUCAGAGUUCUAGCAUUCGCUUUACCCAAAAACACUGUGAGCACCGGGAGCAGCAAUGGAACAGGUUGGUGUGCAGAGUGUUUGCAGGUGACCUGAGGGUUCCCUCGGUGACAGAGGUUGGGAUUUUCCUGUCCGUCGCCCCCAUUGCAGGUGUAUCUACCCUAUCUCCCAGGCGUAGCCUUCCAGAUGUUGUUGGGACUCCAACUCCCAUCAGCCCCAGCAUGCAUGACCCAAUGACCAGGAAUGAUGGCUAUUGGAGUCCCUAAGGCACCUGAAGGGCACCAUGUGGGCUCCCUUGGCUGUGCACCCUGUGACCCUUUCAGGGUGGGUGAAAUAUACUCAGAGUCGCAAAGUGAUUUCAUGCUCUUUAUUCAGCUCAUAGUGGUAAGGAGGAAUGAAUGAAAGUCCCCUCAAAGUAUCUGCUUUAUAUACAUUAUUUACACAAUGGGCUGCACAUGGUUGGCUAAUUCUGGAAUUCUACUGUAAGCCAAUCAGGUUGUGGAUUCACUUAUAUCUGGAGCAUGAUUGGGUGGUUCCUGCCAACCAAUCAUACUGCUGCAUUGUUCUAGGACCAGCUUUUGAGGAAAGUGACACAUGUUCCUGGGGUGUUAUCUUUUCUGCUGGCUGUCAAACUUGGCCUGGGUUUUUUUUCAUUCACUCCAGAGUUGACCAUGGACAUCAGGACAGCUGGGAACCAAAGCCAGAGCCCAGCAUGGCUGCUGCAGGAUUCUAUCCAAAUGAAGCUAAACUGGGAAGCAGCAAGCAAAGAAGGUGAAGGUAAGGGAACCCCAUGUACACCACAAAGGGGCUGGAGUGCAGAUGCAGCUGUGGCCCUCAGCAAGAGGCCUUCAGCUGACAGGAAAAGCUGGGAAGAGGCAAUGGAGAAGAGUUAGCUUCCCUGAGGAUGCAACUUCAAUGGCCAGGCUUUGUAUUUUGUGGUGGGGUAGGGCGAUAGAGAUGGGGAAUCCACAUUUCAAGGCACAGCUAAUUUAUGUGUGUUCACCAUCUGCAGGUGAUGUCCACAUGCAAACAAGCCUGUGUAUGCCUGUGGAGCUCCAUAACUAGAUCAGAACUAUGCCAUUUCAUUUUAUUGUUACUAUUUUGAAUGGUACUGUUUUGUACAGUGGUACCUCGGGUUACAUACGCUUCAGGUUACAGACUCCACUAACCCAGAAAUAGUGCUUCAGGUUAAAAACUUUGCUUCAGGAUGAGAUCAGAAAUCGUGCUCCGGCGGCGCGGCAGCAGCAGGAGGCCCCAUUAGCUAAAGUGGUGCUUCAGGUUAAGAACAGUUUCAGGUUAAGUACGGACCUCCGGAACGAAUUAAGUACUUAACCCGAGGUACCACUGUAUAUUGAAUUUAAUCUUGUAAACUAACUUGAGGGCUGCUUGGGAUGAUGGAAUGCAGCGCUUAGAAAUCCCUAUGCCAGAGAGUAAACCUGAGGCGCCUGAAUCUUGUUUUACAAAGAAUGCAGAGUUUCCCCAGUGCCAGGGAUGGGGAGCCUGUGGCUCUCUCGAAGUUGUUUCAGCCCCCCACCAGUGCUAGUUAACAUGGCCUGUGGUCAGGGAUGAUGGGACUUGUAGUCCAACAGCAAUUGGAGAACCACAGGUUCUCCACAAAUAGCUCUAUUGCUGUCAAGGUGUGGGAUGCAGGUGGUGAAUGCUUGAGAGCAGCUCCCUCGAUAGCCAGUCUAAGUAUGUGUUGGGAGAAGCAGAAGUGCUUGGGGCAUUUCAACUUAUGAGACAAAAAGGAAAAAGACAACUGAGUGGAAAGGCCUGUUAAAAAGCUUUAUUUUAAGAAAAACAAAUGGUAUGGAGAGAUUUGCCCCCGCCCUUCCUCUCUCAUAAUAAGGGUUACCAAUAGGAUUGGCAGAAUAUUUAGGGUGGGCAAAAGGAAGUAUUCUUCUUCACAUAGCAUAUACAUAAUUUCAGGAACUUCCUACAUAGUGGGUCCACCUUUGAUAGCAAAAUGCAGCUUCCAUGUUCAGAAGCUCUGAAUGCGUACCACAUCCCAAACAAGAGUAGACUCUUAGCGUCCCAGAGGCAUGGGCUUCUGAGGAGCCAUCUUUUUGCAGCAGUGGCCAGGCAGAUGCUCUGAGGAUCCCAUAAACAGAGGAAGAAGGAAUUAAUCCUCUUCUCUUCUCUUGCUCAUACACACCAUCUACAAUUCCAAAUGCUGGACUAGAUGCACCUUCAGCCUGCAUAGGAAACUGUUUUACACUGUUCAGGGCCAUUGGUCCUUCCAGCUCAGUCCUGUCUGCACCCAAAGUGGGGAGUCGGGGCUUUUCUGUCUAGCCUUUGAAACUUUCCCACACUGGACCUGUUUUGUACCCUGAUUGCUUUUGCCUGGCCGGAAUGUGUCCUUGAACUCUUGAUAAUGCCUUGGCUGGCUGGAGGGUGUGUGUGUGUGUAUAGAAACUAGCCUACUAUACAAAGGUGAAAUUUGCAUUCAUUGCUCCACACACUUUUGCCUCUUGCCUCACCAAGUAGUCACACCAGUGAGUACUUAAUUCUCCCUUAGGUUAUCUAGGCAGAAAUGUAGCCCUCAGGCUGUAAAAGGCUCUCCAUCCCUGGUUGACAACUAACUGGCAGUGGCUUUCCAGAGUUUUGUACCUGGAGAUGUCAAGGAUUGAAUCUGAGACCUCCUGCAUGCGUAAUAGGUUCUCUUCAACUGAGUUACAGCAACCCUUCCUUAGCCACAGCUUGAUCCAAGGAGGUUUGUACAUUUUUAAAGGGAAGCAGGGGGAGCUUUCCCUGUGUUGAUAUUUCUUAGGCCUAGUCCACACAUGCAGCACAAUAGGGUGAAAGAACAGACCAUACCACAAGUUUGUGGGUGGGGAUGUCUCCCCACCUCCCAUAAUGUAAAAUAUGUAAAAUAUUCCCUGUAAAAAAACAUUUUUUAAGCAUAUGGAGCAAGUGGGAGGCUGCACCCCAACCCAAUUCCUGCUGUUCUAGUUGCAGUGUUUUUUCCUCUAUCUUCAUAGAGAGCAACUCAAAAUUCUGAUAUCCUUCUAGCUGCUAAAUAAAACAGUAGAAUCUUUUCUCCCCUUUCAGGAUUCUUGUCACCUCAUUCUGCUGCGCAUAAAGACCGGCCUUUAGUUUUCAUCAUACCAGCACCUGUUUAGUUUUUCAGUUCCGACUAACACUUUUCUCUUUUCAGCUUUGGGCCUGGCCGGCCUUCUCUCCUACCACAGGCUGGGGCCCAUCCUGGCUGAUGCGCACGUUGAAGGGAAAGAAUGGGAGCGAGUGGGGAAGUCCCCACAAUGUGCACAGGUGCCAGGCAAGCCCAACUAUGAGGUCCUGUCCACGGUGGCCUCUGCUUUUGUGGGCCACAACGAAACCACAGCCUUGAGGGCCCCUGUCUUUUUCAACUUCAGUCACCGGACAGCAGUGAGUACAUAAUUCCCUCUUUGCCCUCCCUAGCACCAGCCAUCGCCAAUACGGGCCAUUUUUCUGUUCCAACCUUGCCCUUUUACACGAGGAAGCAGACGUGCCAGAAAAGAAGGGCCUUCUCAGUCCUCUUCUGUCCAUCUCCCAUGAGCAGAUGUUGACAUCUCAUUGAUCCAUAUUAUCAGCAUUAAGUUCAGACUGUUUAUGCUUCCUCCCAUUCUGUGUACAUGUACAGAUCUGUAGUAUCAAGUUACCGAGAAUACUACUCCGCUGCUCCUAACCUCCAGGUACCUCAAGAUGCUUCCCUCCCACUUUUCUUCUUAGGAAUCAAAGCCUGACCUGCAGGUGAUUUGUGCCUUCUGGAAGCCUGUCAAUGGCAGUGGGCACUGGUCUCAAGAAGGCUGCAAACUCCUGGACACCAGCACUGACACCAGCACACACUGCCAGUGCGACCACCUCACCAGCUUUGCUGUCCUCAUGGCCUUCUAUGAUGUGGAGGUGAGUCCAAAAGCCCUUUCAUUUUCCUGGCCACUGACACAUUAUCUUCCCAUGUACUGCAGUUAGGAGGAGACAUUAGAGUGGGUUGUAUCCAACACUGCAUGAGUGGACUUCACUUUCUCCCCCUGUAUGCACUCAAAAUAUUUCCCGGAGUCCCCCAAACCUCUGGGGCAGAGUUUUGAGGAUUACAGUGGGGAGAAGAGGAACGGGAAGUCCUGUUGCGUAAGCAGAAGCCUGUUUCGCUCCUGCAACAGCAGUGUUGGAUGCAAGCAGUGAUUCAGAGACUUGACAUAAGCUUGAGAGAGGUGGAGUGACAGAGACAUUACAAGAAGUGUCAAAGUGAACAUGAUUGAUUCACUAUUUGUGUUCCCAGAGGAAAAAACCUAUAAAGGGAAAACUUGCACACCUUUUCCUGUGCUGGACUGCGUGCAUCCCACACAUACUGAGUGACCACAGCCGUAUCACAGGGGAGAUGUAGAUCUUCCAUUUUUGUAUGUUAUACCACAAAUGUGUGGGAAGCAGAGAGUUGUCCUUGCUGUUUGAGGGCUGCAUCUGAAGUCGCCCUGAAGGAGCUGACUUUGCAGGGAUAUGAGUGUUUCUUCUCUUGAUGUCACACCAGCAGCGCAGAUAAUGGAUGCGCAUCAGAUGGCUUUUUAGCAGACACAGAGUCAGCUGCUUGGCUCACACAAGCACCUGCUGGGGUCCGUGGGGUGAAGCGCCGGCUGGAGGCAUGGCCUGCUCUCUUUCUUAGUGUUGUGCACAUGUUCAAACCUGCACACAAGGCAGAAACCAACAACGAGAAAUGGGGGGGGGGGCACACUGUGAGAGUAGUGGCAUUUUUUUAACGGUAGGAAGCAGAGGACACUUGCCACAGCAAGCAACAGCUUCUGGAGCAAUUGCCUUGCUUGCUGCUUGCCUGCCCUUCCAUUUCCCAGCCCAGAGAUGGGAUGCCUCUGGCCCUCCAGAUGUUGCUGAACUCCCAUCAGCCUCAGGCAGCACGACUAGUCAUCAAGGGGGAGAUAUUUGAGGCACCACAGGCUCCCUACCUGUGCUGUAGGCUACUUACGUGGGGCCUAAACCUCCACUGUGAAGGACGGGUGAGUUCAAGAUCAGCCUGGCAACAGCAGGAGGAAGCAGAGAGAUGCUAGCUGGGUACAGAGAGUAAGGACUGGGGGACAACCCAGAGGAGACAUUCAUGCUCCUGGCUUUGGCUCAGCUCACUUGACUGACUCACUUGGGAGCAUGAAGCUAAGGAGACAAGAGGAAAGGAGGGAGUGUAUGCGGUGACUAGAGGGGAAAGAAGAGAGGCUGCAGGUACUCUGAAGCCCAAGGACUCACAACUGUUUGAGGCUAGAUCAGAACCAAGACUAGGAGUUAUGGUCCCUGGUGUUUUGUGGAGAAGACGUAGGAGUCAAAGCAGGUUGUCCAAAGAGCAAGGAGAGCUUCAGCCUAGAUAACAGGACUUCUGACCCUUCUUCCCAUUAAAGUUUCCAGUGGCUUCAAAACAUUGCCUCCUAGAGACUAGGAACUGAGACUGCAAUUCAGCUUAUUAUUAUCAGUGUCCUUGGUGGGGAGGUCCUUUUUGGGUAAUCAGCCAGUUAUGCCAAAUUUCCCCUAAGACUUGGCUUGUAUUGCAUGGGCUAAGUCUUUUGUCAUUGUGGCAGGACUGGGGCCUGGAUAUCAUCACCAAGAUUGGGCUGGUUGUGUCUCUGAUCUGCCUGUUCCUGUCCAUCCUCACCUUCCUGUUCUGCCGUGCCAUCCGAGGCAUCCGCACCACCAUCCACCUCCACCUUUGCCUGGCCCUCUUCGUUGGCUACGUCAUAUUCCUCAUGGGUGCCGGGAACACUGGCAACCAGGUAACUGGCCAGGAUUGGCCUGCUAGCAUGCACACAGAGAGCUAUUUGACCAGCGCUAUUCCAAGGGAAACAAUUGGGGGGUGGGGGUAGCCCAGGGCCCUUUGAUAGCACCCCUGUUGACAGGAGCUCCUGGCUUCUUACUCAGGCUAGUGAGCAUCCCUUGACUACAGCCCUUGCUGACAGCAUUACAAAGACCCUGUGCUUGGGAGCAGGAAGCUAAGGAGACUAAGGAACUGAUGGCUACAGCAGGCUGUAGGAUGUGGCAAUGAUGCGGUGGGAACAGGAAGCACCUUGCAAUUCCUGUUUUGUCAUUUUUUCCAUUUUUGCAUCUCCCUCUGUGUGUGGGGGGGGUCUCCCGAUGUGGGACAGCUUUAUAGGAUAUGGACACCAUGCUGAAGGAGGAGCAAAUGUUUUUGCAGAAGGUGAAGAGGUGGAGGGACAAAAGUGCAAGGCACUUGGCUCAACCUGUUCCCCUUGCAUCAUCAUUAUGUCCAAAGCUGAUGAUAGAAAUGAGCUGCUUUGUGAAACGUCUAUCUAAACGGCAGGGGCAUUUGCCAGAAAGGCAGUUUGUGUUACAAUGUCAAACUGCAGCUGCCAUAUCACUUAGAGGCAAGGGAAGGGUUGCUUGAUACCGUGGCAUGGUAGCAGAUCUCCAGUAUGGACCAUUUCAGUUUGCAAAGUACCAAUUCAAGUUCUUCCCCAAACAAGUAGGCAGCUGGAUUUUCCUCCCUUUGGAUUUGGGGACCUUAUGCAUUUCCCCCCCAACAAGUAGCCCCUUUCACAACCUCCCCCUGGCUCUGUCUCCCCUCCCAGACAACUUGUGCUGUAGUGGCUGGGCUGCUGCAUUUCUUCUUCCUCUCGGUCUUCUGCUGGAUGCUACUGGAAGGCAUGGAGCUCUACCUGAUGGUCGUCAAGGUCUUCAAUACUCACAGCCUCCGGCACUGGCACAUCUUCCUUGUAGGAUAUGGAAUCCCAGCCAUCGUGGUGGGCAUCUCGGCUGCUGUCAAUAGCGAGGGCUAUGGCAACCUAAGAAAGUAAGUCCUGGGGUUUUGGUGUGCACCCAUGUGAACUAGGGAGUAAUUGUCCAGUAGAAUUCAAGAUACCAGAUCCAGUGGGGACAGCUAGGUAGCAUGUUAGUAGUGUGUAAUAAAAAUGUUUGAUUUUAUACUGAGGUAAGAGGGCUCAGCAUGGACAAGCAAAGCACAGCUGCUGUUCUGGAGCACCAAGCCUCUGUAUGUGCAUCUGAAAUACCAGGUUCUCAGCUUUGGAGUACUCGUUGAUCCAGCUUGAGGCACAGGUGGCAUGGAAGGCCUUUCUAGCAGCGUAUACUACUUUGUCAACAGCAACCCCUGCAGGGCAGGGAGUGUUUUUGCACUAGGUAUUCCAGAGUCUGGUGCAAUUUCAUUUAAAGUACUCUACUGGGGCCGCCCUUGAAAAUGGUUGGAAAAAGGUAAGUAGCUCAAAAUGUAGCAGCCAACAUUUUGAUUAGGGACAAGGUAUGAGAUCACACCUUGCCAGAUUUGAGAAAUGUAUGUACAUUGCUUAUUGGUUUACUUCCAAGCUCAACUCAAGAUGCUGGUUUUGAUAUUUAAAGCCCUUCAUAGUUUGGGACCUGUGAACCUUAAGGACAACCUUCUCCCACAUCAAACUGACUGUGUUAAAAAUUCCAUGAAGGACGUUCUCAGUGUACAUUAGCAAUAGGUGGCAACAAAGGAGAGGAGCUUCUCAUCUGUAGCACUCCAGAAAUACGGGGCAGCAACCAUAUUUCGAUCAUUUUAUGCAUUUUAAUUGCUUGUGUUUUAAAAAGUACCGGGAAGUUAUAUUUCCUACAGCUGUAUUUUAAAAUACAUUGUAAAUUGCCAUGGGAUAAAUAAUUGUGAAGGGUAGUAUACAAAUAGCUGAAACAAAUAAAUGUUUAGGAGUGAGAUCACAUGUGAAGGAAAGUCCUUUUCUAAGGGGACAGGGGAAACAGAUUCAUAAUACGCAGAAGGUAAGACAGUUUGAUCCCAAACGAUUCACCCUCUGCCUUUCCCCCACAGCUGCUGGCUUAAAAUGGAUAAAGGGUUCCUUUGGAGCUUCCUGGGCCCCGUUGCCCUCAUCAUCAUGGUAAGCUUAAUGCAUCCCAGGAAUAGCCAUUUAGUCUUUUUUUCUUGAUGACAAUCUUUACCCUUUCCUUGCAUGUAUUAGCACACUUCUAUCCAAUCCAAUGCUUACAAAGGCAUCAGUGAGUGGUGGUUGGUUUUUUUAUUCAACUUUGGAUGCAAUUCUCCACCUACUGCUUUGAAUCCAUUUCUCAUCAGUUUCUCAGCUGUCUGCAGUUCACUCUUUCCCCACACUGCCAACCAGAACUGCCUUGAUUCUCAGCUACAUCCACUUUCCAAAGGCAUGGCUUCCAGAGAUUGGGGGUGGGGAAAGAGAGGUGAUUUUAUGUAUAUCAGGGAACAUUUUUUUCCGGCCAAGCUGUGUUUUGUGACAAAUAGUACCCACCAAAGUAACUAAACCCCAUUUUAAUCAUCCAGGCAACCCAACCAUUUGAUCCAUGAGUUUUGGCUUACACAGAUAUGUAGGGGUAAAUUGUGUACAUUGUGUGUAAGAAAACUGGCAGGUGGAAAAACUCGUGUGUGUGCAGCAGAUGCAGCCCAAAGACCAGCUCUUAUCUCUGCAUCUUGUUAACUUCCAUCUCCCAUCUUUUCCGCACAGCUGAAUGCCGUUGUCUUUGUGGUUACCGUCUGGAAGCUCUCUCAGAAGUUUGCCGAUAUCAAUCCCGAUAUGAGUAAACUGAAAAAGCAGAGGUAAGCAGCCACAGAGUCCCCCUGGAGUCUAAGACGUCAGGCAAUAACUAGCAAAAGACAAUAACAGCCCUUCCAUGUAGCAGUAGGAUUAUGCUAAACAGUUUACUGGGCUGAUUGGGGGAAAGUGAUGUUAUAUUUUUCAAAACUACACUAAUUCUACCUUGGCUGUGAACAAGUGAAACACAUGCUUUUAUUCUAGGAGUGUCUCAAGUUGCAGGCCCACUCUAGCUCCUCUGCCGAGGCUAAUCCUGACUGUAUCCUCCACAAGCCAGCACAUAAAUUGUGUUCCUUUUCUUCUCAUCCCUGCAGGGUACUCACAAUCACAGCCAUUGCCCAGCUCUGUAUUCUGGGUACUACCUGGGUCUUUGGCCUGUUUCAAUUCAGCAAUCAAACCCUCGUCAUGUCUUAUAUCUUCACUAUCCUCAACAGCCUGCAAGGACUUUUUAUCUUCCUCCUGCAUUGUCUGCUCAAGAAACAGGUACCUGCAGUAGGAGAAAGGCAAAUGGGUGGGAAGCCAUCUCCAGUACUGCAGUGCUAUACACAGUUACCUGAGAGUAAGCCCCAUUAAACACAGGAGGACUUACUUAUGGAAAAAUGCACAUAGGAUUGGAACUGCAAAUUUGACAAAGGGGUGGUUUGGGCAGGUUGGGGCUGGGACAUGAAACCCAAAAGGCAAAUUGCUUAUGUUUGUCUGGCUGUAGAAGGGGUACCAUACAAACAUUGAACACCAUGAAGACAAUUAACAACAUGAGCCUGUCAGCUGCAAUUUUACUUUUGUGCCUAGGUGCGUGAUGAUUACUACCGCUGGUUCUGCAAGGACAAACAUGGCAAGCCCCACAGCAGUGACAAGUAUUCCAACUUCAGCUCCACAGUGGGUUCCAACACAUUACAGGUAAGCGAACACAGCAGGUGCUGUGGCAUAACCCCCCCCCUCCACAGAUCAUCACUCUUCCCAUCAAGCUUGCAGUUGCCCUGCAACAACAACAUGGCUCUCAGCCUGGCACUUGCAAAUCUUCUAAAAACUACCUCCCAUUUCCCCCACUGUUCUUCAUUAAUACUGCAGCUUUCCUGAAACAGCAAUAGUUUUCUUUUGGACCUUACAGCUAAGCUCCACUUAGGGGGAGACAACCAAUUCCCUUAGAAUCAUAGAAGUGAAGAGUUGGAAGGAACCCUGGGGGUCAUCUAUUCCAACUCCCUGCAAUACAGAAAUCAUAAAUGACAGCUUAAAAACCUCCCAGGAAGGAAAGUCCACCACCUUUCAUGGGAGUCUGUUCCACUGCAAGGAAGGAUUUAUGAGCAAACAAGCAGAAACAGUUGGUUGCAUGUUAUAAAGCAGCGCUUUCCAAACCGUAUGUCGCAACACACUAGUGUGUUGGUUGCAGUAUGUAGGUGUGUCAUGCAAACACUCCCCAUGCUUCUCCCGGGGCUGCAAAGGGGUUCGUUUAACUUCAUUUUUCUAGUAAAACUGAAUUGCUGUGUAAAAAUGAUGCGUGUGUAAAAAGUUUGUCACCAACAUGAAAAGUUUGGCAAGCUCUGUUAUAAACGAUUAAUGAAACAGAAGAUGGGAAGAUACAUGGGCUAUGAUGCUGACAGUGAUAAAGUGCUAUUAAGACUCCUACCAUUGCAUCCUUUCUCUCUUACAGGCACCCAGUACUUUGAAAGAAUCUGGAAUUUAGCAACCAAACUUUGCAGAAGCAAGUUUCAAGAGUGCUGUUUGGAACAUGAGAAACACAUCUUGUUGUUCCAGCAAUCUUUCUUCUAGAAGAGUCACCCACUAAGAUGCAGCAAGGACAAUUGAACUGCCAGAAGGCUAUAUAGGGACCCACUGAGCAAACUCAAUAACUGGACCAAUGCUAUUAAGCUGAUGUUGGCACAGCCUCUUCUGAUUGGGCUCCUCCGUCCUCUACACCAAGACUCGCCUCUCUCAAGAAGAGAUGGAGCAAGUUAAAACGGUACUUUGCACACGUGACACUUUUAAAGAGGUCCUUGCAACAGACAUUGGCUAACUCUAGUUCUAGAAAGUACACAGGCUGUAUACCUUGCUGUUCAAUCAUCAUUCACCAGCUGUAGGUGUUCAUCAAAAAUCUGGUGAACUUUGCACAUUCGGUCCAAAAAACCCAUUGAAACAAUAUGAUAGAGUAAAUACAUCCUUUCCGUCCACUCCUUGUUCUCUAUGGAAUGAUCCGGACAGCCCUGAUCACUGUGGUAUUUUCCAGGUCGCUUGUUGCUGGCUAGUUUGAUAGCAGUCCUUCCUAUCAGUAGCUUGUCUUUUUCCACAUACUCUAAGCAGCAGCCUAAAAUAAUGACUGCAACACAAACUGGUCCAACAACCAUAGAUAAAAGAAGAGCCUCAACUAGGAAGGACAAGGCUGUUACUCGCUUCUCUUGCCAUCACUUAACCUACGAAGACUUAAGAAGAGCCUGCUGGAACAGGCCAGUGGCCCAUCUAGCCCAACCAGAUGCCUGUAAUAAGCACUGAGAGCACAACAGUAUUCAGAGGCAAGCUAGACCCAUUUGUGCAAGGAAUAGCAAAAACUGAAGCCUAGUAUCACUGAGAUGAUACAGGUCAGCACAUACUUCUUCAGGCUGCAGGUGACAGCUCACAUGACUGAAGAUUUCCCCCAUAUAGAGAGCACCAACAUAACAUGAAAAGAGGAGGAUGUGAGGGCAAUGCCUAAAAUCUGCCUCCUCCCAAAGGCAUCUAGUUUUCUACAUCCAAUAAUUUAUUUAUUUAUAAUAGGAUAAAUGUUCAAGCAGUCUCCAGCUAUAGCUUAGACACAUUUUUCUACAGGAUUCAGAUGCACAGAGUCAAUUUAGGCAAGGAACAAUAGUCAAAGUUGUGUUUGGGUUGCCCAGAGUCUACUUUUCUCAGAAUUCAGAUUCAACAGAAGAAAGUAUCUACAUCUCAUGGUUACAAAAAAUGCAAUAAUGCUUCAUCAGUUGAUGAUUUAGGCACAUGAGCUCAUUGCUUUCCUCGUCGCCACUUUCAGGGAAGCACAUGUGCUCUUAAACUCAACACCUCACUUUUGUGUUUGGUACACUGGAAUCCAUACUAGAGUUGGAAAACGUCAAAUGACUCUUCAGGUUGCCAUCAUCAACAACAGAAAACUGAAGCGUACACAAGUAGAAUCAUGACAGGAACCCCACUGCUAUAAAGGUCCUCAUACGCUAUUUCCUUCUAGCUCCAUAUUCCUCAGCUUAACAAGGAGAUGCACAUUUCUAUGCCCCCCCCCCCGCACUGCUAUCCCCCAGGAUUUCUGCGCAACGGCAACAAAAAACAAGGGCACAGCAAGCAGUGUAAUCUCAAUCAGAAAACCCACCAGUCAAGUAGCAGAGAGGCUCUUGUACAAAGACUAAAUGAUAGCAGCACAUAUAAAGCAGCAGGAAGGAGAGAAAGCAGACAGUUUUCUGGAAGCCGUUACUGAAGUUAACGGAGACCCAUAUUGGCAGUUCACAUCAAACACUGGAGCUUUACAGAGCUUCCUGUUUAGACUAAUUUAUUUAGGACUGUUUCCAAUUUUGCCAGAUUCCUACUGUUCUUGCCAAAGAGAUUGGCUAUGUAUACUGCAAUUCCAGAUGCUCUUUACUCCUAACGUGUGUGGAUAGCCAACGCACAUUAGCGUUAACAAAUCUUUAUUUUAUUUAGUUUUAAAUCCUAGUUGAGAAAGAAAAGGUGUUGCACAGCAAGCUUUGCAUGCACCUGAACACCAGGUUUUGCAGUAUUCAAAUCAGUGCAAUGGAUUCAAAAUGUAGCGACGUUUCUAAUGCUGUGUAACUGUUUCAGAACUUACUCUACUAUGAAAUAUAUUCACUCUAAGGAUGUCCUUAGGUAAACUUACAUGCGGUUUAUCCAAGCGUCUUUGCACAAAUAAGCUUAUGCUCCUCUAACUACCCACCCCGUUAUUUGAAGCAACUGUCUCUCAACCACUAUUUUUUCCUAACAUGUACAUUUAAUUAAAAUAUAUUUUGGAAUUCUGAGUUAUAC